UGCACAAUCAAGUCAAAGGAAAAAUGAUUGAAGAAAGAAAGUGGUCACUCUAAACCACUAAUGCAUAUAGUUCACCCAAAUAGGAGUCUAAUCAGAUGAUCUUAGUUAAACAGUAAAUCCACUCUGGAAAUCUGGAUAGUUGAUUCCUGCUACAUCACAAGGAUGGUUUCAGCAUGGCUUUGGCAGAAAAUAUAGUAACAAAAACUCGCUAAACGCACAGUGCAUGCAUAAUAAAAUAAUGCAAUCCGUUAUAAGUAUCAUUCAUUGCUUUGUGGUUUAAUUAGAGGUACAGUUCCCUAAAAAUGUUUUUUUUUUUUUUAAUUCUUUAUUUUUGCAGUGCAUAAAGAGAUGUACAUGCCAGUAAAUUAUAGAUUGCGAGGGAAUAAGCAAUAGUUGCAAUACAUAGCAUUAAAACAGUAUUUCAGAAAAUACAUUGCACUUUUAUGCGAUACGAACAAUCAAACUUUGGUUUUAGUUUAAUGUCUAGUUUUGUUGUAAGGAUAGUAGUGGCUUACAUGUUGCAUAUUUUCUUAUAAUGAAAAUAAUACCCCGCGCUCCUGUGUAGCGUGACUGAAAGUAAAUGGACCAGUAAGGUGAAGGGUUGUGAUAACUAAUACCCUGUUGACUUGCGAUUUUGUCUCUUACUGAAAAGGUCUAGUUCGAGAUCCCUCAGCGUGGAUUAGUGGUGGGUGCCCUCACCUACUGUCUGGGUUACCAUGACAGGGUGUGUGGGGUUAAUAAAACAUGCUGCUUUGCCAACUAGUACCGAUCCCUAACUAAAGGGGGCCACAGGGGGGAGAUUAAGCAGCUCAGACUAGAGCCAUUGGUACGAGAAGUGAGGCCCUAUAAACGUGUCCCUUGUGUCUACGGGUUUCAAUUGAACUUUCCCAUAUGUACUAAUGUAAAAGGAAGGGUAUAACAUCACAUGCAUAUACCAUCAACAAAAGCAAAGGUGCAAGGUGACAUUGUCGCUGCUAGAAAACUCGGGUAACUGCCUCCUUUCUCCUUUCUCUUUGUGGGAUGAAUGGGAUAGUCCUGCUAGGAUCUCGCGUGUAAGGAUGAUGAUGUUGUAGGGGUCGAAGCCCCCUGUGCUAUGCCCAGUGAGUUGAGGAAAGAUUGAGCCUCAGCUCCCGAGGUGAUUUUCAACACUGCAUUGUCCCGAGUAACUGCUAGGGUCCUAGGUAGAAGGCAUCUGUAUUCCACCUUCACUUCGCGGAGUUGGGUGGUAAUGUGUGACAGCGAUUUCCUCCACUGGAGUGUACUGCUGGUAAUGUCCUGAAAAAAGGUAAGCUGGGAGUUUUCAAAUGUGUAUGGGAUUUUGUCUCUUACUGCUGCAAGUAUGCAGCGUUUGUCUAUCAGAGAGUGGCAUCUCACGAUGAUGUCCCAUACGGCUGUUGGGGGUGCCUGCUUUGCUUUGUUAAUUCGGAGUUGUCCAUCAAAUUCCAGCUUUUUGGCUUGUGUGUGUGUGUGGCAGGAGCCCAGCAGUGAGUCUUCUCAAGUAUUGUGACCAUUCGGUUGAACCGUGUCUACUGCAAUCCUCCAUGGUAUCCAGUUUAUUUUGGACAGCUGUAUUAGCAGACUGCAAUUGGCGGAGGGUCUAACCCAUGCUGUUCACCUCUUGGCGUAAGUCCAUAAUAUCUUCUUCCGUGGCUGGUACUCUUGUGGUCACGGCUUGUAUCUCCGUGCGGGCCAAGUUUAUGUCGGAGUCAAACCGUUUUCAUCUCCUGCAGCAAUUGCCGUAUGUUGCAUUUCGUGGCUGGGGCCAGGUUGUAGUUGGAGCCGGUUUCUAGGCCAGUCUCGUCUGACAUUUUUUGGCCUCGAGGCCUCUGCUGUUAGGGUGGUUGGUGUAGGCCCGACUCAUGCAGCGGGUUUUCCUGCCCUUUUGGGCUAAUAAGAAGGGUAUCUGCAGGUGGCCCUUUGCGUAUGGUUGACCCAGAACAUACUUGAAAACGAGAGAAAUCUUAAUGUAUCUUUCUUGGUAAAAUAUUUUAUAAAUAAAUAAAUAAUUUGGUUACUAUUUUCGCCAUAUUGGAUGGCUUUAGAUUUGACGUUAAUGCGGGAGGAGCUCUGCGAGAUAGUGUCCAUGCGGCUCGUCGGUUAAGCUCCGCCCCAUCUAGUUCUCUAAAUUUUAAACGACACCUAAUCUUGUAGAAUGUCUUUUUCCUGAGUGCUGUAUUGGCUUUCAUAUCAAUAUUAUUUUUAAGGGAAAUUAGUUUUGUUGUUAGUUUUAUAUAUUUAGUAGAGAAAAGGUUCAUUAGUUAAAAUACUUUACAAAUGGGAUGGAUACAUGCAGAAUCAUUUGUUGUAUUGUGGACCAAACAUACCAUCAUACAUAUAGCCACUCUGUUGAAUUACAGCUAACAUAAUUUUCCUUGAGUCAUGUGUGCAUUUCUAUAUCCUGAUCUGCUUCCUGUCUGGAAGACCUAAAACUGCAAUCUGCCUACUAUUGUAGUGUACUAUUGUAGUGUAUCUGCUAUUUUUGUAUAGGGCUUUAUUUUGAGUUUAUACUUUUGAAUUAUUGUAUUAAUUGUUAAUCACAUUUGUACAUCAGCAUUUUCUUAAUGCAAAAAACAAACGCAUGUGGUCAAGCAUGGGGAAUAAUAAAAUCACUAGAUGCCAUAUGUUUUAUUCUGAAUUUUUGGAUAUUUCUACUAAUAGAAAACGUAAAUGUGCAAACUCUUUCCCAUUUGGCCAUUAAACAUUUGAAUGGGUUAUAACAUUGACUCUUGUAAAAAAAAAGAAAAUGUUUAAAGCAGAAAUGUUAUAAGAUACAUAAGUUCCACAUUCAUUUCCUAUCUUCUCAUCAUGUUUCUUCCUUUACUAUGUAACACUAAAUCACAGAAACGUGACUUUGUUAUCCUGUCAUGGAUUACCACUUGUCACUCCUCCUGGUGUUAUUCUUCUGGUUUAAUAAAAUACAGAGGUUUUGGAGAUGACCUCAUCUAUUAUUCCAUGGCCAUUACUUUAGCAGUCUCAAUUUCACAUACACACCAUGCGUUAUGAGAUUCUAAGUGUUCUAAAUGUGUGUAUGAGGGUAUUUCAACCUCAAUUUGACACAGCUACCAUGAUAUAUAAAAUGUGUGGUGUAUAUCCAGUAAUUCUAAAAUUACAAACUGCAACAUAUACUAACAGGAAAUGUUUGAUGGUAAAACAAAAUUUACUUGGAAAAACUUAAUUACUUGGCAAUCUCUUUUGAUCAUCUGAGAGAUCUUUCUUUUUAUCUGUAUUUGUACAGGAAGAAAUAUUUAUGGGUCUUUAAAAAUCUCUCCACAGGAUAGUAUUGACCCCCUCUGGAAGAUAAUUAAAAUAAAGAUAAUAACAUUAAAAAAGUCACUCUUUUCUGCCCAGAUCUGUAGUGCAGCACAUUGGCCUGGCAGAGAUCCUUUUACAAAACAGCAAGAAAUACCAUGAGGACACACAACAUUGCCCUUGUCUACAUCAUAUGACAUUUCUGAAGUCUGGGUGACUUGAGCUUGCCUUAAUAGCUGCAUGCACAUGUUUACAUGCAUUGACUUAGCAGACAAUAUGUAAAUAAAACUGGAUCCUUACAAAAAACUGAAGUGGGACUGAACAAGGUCCUCUUAAUACAUUUACUUUUAUUCAUUGCAGGGAAUUUAUAGCCAUACACAUGUAGUGGUCCCCAAUAAACUAAGGAAGGAAACCAAAUAUAUUUCAGCAGUGUAAAGGCAACAGACAACCAUAGAAAUUUAUAUUAUUAAUAACAUGAAAAGCCUGGGGUUUUACUGCUUCUUCCACAAAAAUAUCUUUAAUACAGAUAAAACGCCAAAGGUUUCUCAGCCUUGGACCCAAGCCCACUGUGUACUCCAACAAUUUUAGAGAAUGCCCAGUCCUCUGAUCUGGAGUGUUAAAGGGAAUCUUUAGGCACCCAGACCACUUCAGCUCAUUGAAGUGGUCUGGGUACACUGUUUCUAUUGCACUUAGUGCUGCAAUGUUAAAUAUUGCAGUUCCAGAGAAACUCCCAGACAGAGACGCUUCCUGCAUCCAAAUGGACCUUUAGUCCAGUAUCUGAUGCCAGAUGCAUGUGCAUUAGCGCCUGCUCUUUGUGGGACAAAGGAGGAGGCAGAGCCGCAACCAAGCACCAAGGGACAUUGGCGCUGGAGUAAGGUAAGUAAGUAAAGGGCUUAUAACCCUUUAUUUACCGCAGUGGGAGGGGGAGGCAGAGGAAGCUAUAGUGCCAGGAAUGCAGCUUUGUAUAGCUUUGUAUAUCCCUUUCAUUUUUAUGUCUGGGCGCAAGACAGACACUUCAGAUAUUGCAAUAUUUAUUACAUUACAUUACAGAUAAACGUCAUGCAACUCCUAUUAUUAUUUAGACUGCAAUUAGUUUAUGCAGAUUAUGCAUUCAUAUCUCUUAUUAAAACCUUUUGUGCAACUGGGCAGUUUCUUUAACAAACUAACUUUUACAAGAUAUAUACUGCCUGAGAAACACAUUUAUUCUCUCAUUUACUACCAUUUAAUUUCAUGGUACGAUAACGUUUUUUGUGCUUUUUUUUUUUUUUUUUAUAUAGCUUUUUACCUGUCCCCAUAACAUAAUCCAAAAAGUGUAAUUAAAAUCUAACUUGUUACAGAGUUUGAAUGCAUAUUUAUAAUGUUAGUUUAAUUCUAUGUAUUGGGGCUGAUAGAUACUAUAGCCAUUGCUGUCGUCCAAGAGUAGUGAGGGAUGGAGCUCAUUACAUUAUUAAAAUCUUUUGUGACAUUCACUUAUUCUUUUAUACACUCUUUUUUUAACCUCAGAAACCUGUAAAAGUAUAACAUGUUUCUUUUUAUAAAGUUAAAUGUCUUGCCUUUUGGUUUCAGUUAUUCAACUUGGUGGCUACAUACUACCUCGAAGUUAGUAUCUACAUAAUAAAUUGUUUUACUGCCUUGAGGUUUUUCAAUUUUUCUGCAAUAGCAACUUUUAUUUAGAAUGAUAUACAUUUUGACAUUUACAAUGCUGCUAGAGCUGUAGUUAUUGUGUGUAGGUAUUUAGUAUAAACACUGCAAUACCUACUAUAUUAGGAGGCAGUGACUUACUCCCCCAUUAACACCUCAAAGUGGUAAUGCAUGUGAUAGUUAGUGUAGUUUCUAAUACAGUUUUGUGAUGUCUUUUUAACCCCUUAAGGACGGAGCCAAAUGUACACGUUGUGAACGAAACAAAAUGUAAACAAAACCCGGCAUUUGCGCUACAUGUCUGUCCAACCGUAAUUCACCUCUUUCAUAUUAAAUGCACCCACCCUUAUUAUAUAUCAUUUUAUUCAGGGAAAUCAGGGCUUUCAUUUAAUAUCAAAUAUUUAGCUAUGAAACAUAAUUUAAUAUGAAAAAAAUGUGAGAAAAUAAAUUUUCUUUUGAUUUUUUUUUUUUUUAGUUCUACAUGACAUUUUAACUGUCAAUGUCAUAAUACUGUUUGCUUUUACUGCAAUAAAAUACACAUAUUUGUAUUCAGCAAAGUCUUACGUGUAAAACAGUACCCCCUAUGUACAGGUUUUAUGGUGUUUUGGGAAGUUACAGGGUCAAAUAUUGCACGUUACAUUUGAAAUUGAAAUUCGCCAGAUUGGUUAUGUUGCCUUUGGGACUUUAUAGUAGCCAGGAAUGAAAUUUACACCCAUAUUGGCAUACCAUUUGCAAUAGUAGACAACCCAAGGUAUUGCAAAUGGGGUAUGUCCAGUCUUUUUUAGUAGCCAUUUGGUCACAAACACUAGCCAAAGUUAGCGUUAGUAUUUGUUUGUGUGUGAAAAAUGCAAAAAACGCCAAUUUUGGCCAGUGUUUGUGACUAAGUGGCUACUAAAAAAGACUGGACAUACCCAUUUGCAAUACCUUGGGUUGUCUACUAUUGCAAAUGGUAUGCCAUCAUAGGGGUAAUUUUCAUUCUUGGGCUACCAUAGGGUCUCAAAGGCAACUUAACCAAUCUGGUGAAUUUUAAUGUGAAAAAAAUGAAACACAAGCCUUAAAUUUGAUGCUGUAACUUUUGAAAGCACCAUAAAACAUGUACAUGAGGGGUACUGUUGUACUCGGGAGACUUCGCUGAACACAAAUAUUUGUGUUUCAAAACAGUAAAAAGUAUCGCAGCAAUAAUAUCGUCCGUGUAAGUGCUGUUUGUGCGUGAAAAAUGCAAAAACUUCACUUUUACUGGCGUUAUCAUCGUUGUAAUACAUUUUACUGUUUUGAAACACUAAUAAUUGUGUUCAGCGAAGUCUCCCGAGUAGAACAGUACCCCCCAUGUACAGGUUUUAUGGUGUCUUGGAAAGUUAUAGGGUUAAAUAUAGUGCUAGCAAAUUAAAUUCCCUUUACUUUCGGCAUGGGUUGUCAGGCAGGUCCCUCUAAUUGUCUACGUGUAAUUUGAUAUUAAAAUAUAUAUAUAUAUAUAUAUUAGUAAAAUACACCUAUACAGUGUAUGUGUAUAUUUAUACUUAGAUUAUAUAUAUAUAUAUAUAUAUAUAUAUAUAUAUAUGAUCUAAGUAUAUUAUUUUAUUUUUUUUUACACUUAUUUUAACAUUUAUUUAUUUUAUUUUCAGCCAGCAGGGGGACCACCUGUCAUUACAUUGGCAAUGCAGGAGGCAGCCUACCCGGCCAUGUGAUUGUGAGGUCCUCGCAAGGACCUCACUCUCACAUGGCCGGGAGGCACCGGAGGAGGAGGAUCUGCUGCGGGGGGGGCUCCCUGAGAGUUCCCCCAACCGCAAUCGCCGGCGUGGGACCGCCGGCGACCGGGUAAGUAAGGAAGGACCGGAGGGCGUACUAUUACGCCCGGCGGCGUUUAGAGCCGCCUAAAAUAGGACGUAAUAGUACGCCCUCCGGUCUUAAGGGGUUAAAGCAUUGUUAAUGAUUUCCUGAUAUGCCAUAAAACACACGUUACUGACAAGCAAAACAUCAAAGGGACACUAUAGUCACCAGAACAUAGUGUCCCUUUAGGGUGAGUAUAAUAGCUCCCUUCUGGCAUUUUCAUGUAAACACUGCCUUUUCACAGAAAAGUCGGUGUUUACAUUGCCCCUAAGGACACCUCCAAGUGGCCACUCCUUAGAUGGCCACUGGAGGGGCUUCCUGGCUCAGGGCUGCACAGUAAGCAGCCCUCCCGUUCAGUGUCCCCACGCUCUGCAUGGAGACCCUGAAUUUUCCUCUUAGAGAUGCAUUGAUUCAAUGCAUCUCUAUGAAGAGGUCCUGAUUGGCCAAUACGGCAUAUGGCCCUGCCCCCACGUCCUGAUUUAAGGCAAGCCAAUUCUACGGGAAAGCAUUGGAUUGGCAAAAAAUAGUCCAUUUCGAUGAUGUCACAAAGGGGGCAGACCCGUGCGGCACAGGAAAUAAGGUGAGUUUUAUACUUUUAUAGGAGGGCUAAGGGGUGGCAAGCCACCUAAAUGGUGAGUUUAGCACUAUAGGGUCAGGAAUACAUGUUUGUGUUCCUGACCCUAUAGUUAUCCUUUAAUCAACUUAUCUUGUUAUCUUGUUUUUUAUGAUUUGGCAGACAUUGCUGUUUAGGCCUAAAUGUUCUAGUUUUUGUAAAAGGAAAUGUGUUUAUCAGGAUGUAACUACAUUUUUCAUAAUUGCAGGAAGAACUCAGAAAUAUCAUUGUUUUAUUGUAAUAUGGUUGCAUUAAAACUUGGUGUAUCCCAAUACAUACUUUGUUUUACGUGUUUAGUGGCACAGUCUAAGUCAAUUGCUUCAGUAACUUCCACGGAUAGGCUAAGAAAAUAAGACUUUAAAGGGACACUGCAGGCACCAUAUGGAUUGAAGUGGUUAUGGUGUCUGCGGUCAAUGGGCACCAGAUUCCUUACCACUGCUAAACACUUUAGGCCCCCCAGGGAUAAGAUGGGGUGUUAUUCAAUUUCAAUACGCCCCUUACUUUGUAUCACAAAAAAAUACAUUGUCAUGAUAAUGUAAAUGUUAUAUAAUGUAUUUAUAGGUAUUCUGUAUUUAUAAUGCACUUUUAGUCUUAUAAAUCUGUGCCACACUAUGCAUUUUUGUAGACUCCCUAAACCCUAACCCUGGUAUUGCGUGCUCAGUACACUGUCAGUUUUCACUGACCUCUGUGUUGACUCUAGUGAUCGCACAACUGAUAAUCCACCUCAAUAGGUGAUGUGGUGCAGGAGGGAGAUAAGUACACACAUGGUCAGUGACAAACCUGGCAAAGACCGUGGAGCUUGAUUACAUCUUCACCUUUUGUCAACCUGCUGGUUAUACAUAAGGAAAAGUUGUUUUAAAAAAAGGGUCAUUUUGGAAAAAAGGGAGAUUUAGGAUAUACCUAACUAAAAAAAUCUUUUUUGGAAGUGACAGAGCCACUUUAGUCCUUUUUGGUAACUAUUGGACUACAGUCCAUACAGUGAGUGUCAUCAGCAAGCAAGGGUAUUGCUAUGUUUCAGAAACACACUUUGGCUCAAAGGAAAAUGUGACUACCAAAACGCUAUCAGAGAGGUGGUGGAGAUAUGUCUUGUCUCUUAAUCUCUACCCACAGCAAGAUGACAACACUCUUCAGGAUCUCAGUGAAAGCAUAGUUGGAAACAAGCACAUGCUGCACAGGCAGGUACUUGAUGUGAUCCUGCCUUACAAAACUGUUAGAGGUGUUUACAGCAAAGUUCUGGUCCCCAGCACACUCUCCGAAUAGUCAUUCGGAUGGCACCAACCUUCCUCAUAAAUAGUCUGGUGCAGCACUAUACUAGUGAUCUUUAGUUUUAUAACAGGUAGCUGCUUUGAAAAGCGUCUGCCUGAUAUAAAAUUACAAAUAAUAAAAAAAAAACACUAAUAUCCUCCUUCCCAAUUCGGCCAAUUGUAGAGAUCUUCAUGGGGCUAAAGAGGGAGCUCCAUAUAUAACUUCAGUCCCUCCAAGGUCAACAAGGUUUUCAUGCACUCUAUCUUGGAGAGUUAGUCUGCUGACUUAGGGCUAGGUCUUUAUUUAACUAAUUUCUACAAGCUUGCUUUAUGCUUGUACAUACUAUGAGGUAGUAGUAUGUCUUUUUUGCACAUGUGAUACAUUUCCAUAUGCCUUAUUCGGCAUGUUUAGCGUUUGCUUCAAUAAAAAGAUAAGAAAAAAACACUGUCAAAAGAAAAAAGCUAAACUCUUAUAUUAAAGAAACAACCAUGCUUCAGAGUCGACUCAGCUUCUAGAUCAACUUUAGAAAUUUAUUUUUACUUUUAUGGCCCCAUAUAAUCUGCAUUGUUUAGCAACUUGGGCAACCUUUAUUUUAUACUCAUCUGUGGCUAAAAUACUGACCAUAAUUCGGGAUUAUUCUAGCUUUAGUGACUGAAUAAUCUAAAUUUUAUGGCAAGACAGGAGGCUUCAUAUUUGCUUUAACCUUCUUUACUGAACCUCCCAGCAGCAAAGAAAUAGUUAAACAUAUAGAGAAAAGAUCAACCAAUCAGGACACAUAUUAGAACAUAACAGUCUGUCAGGCUCCUCCCAAAUCCUCUUUCUGAUGCAGCCGAUCAUAAGUGUAGUCAACCGUGUAAACUUGAGUAAUCCAUCAACCAUGUAAACCAGAACGCAGCCGAUACUAGAGACCAAAGGAACGUAGUCUUCGUGGCUCAUGUAGAGAAACUUCACACUAAAAGACAGAGAAAGAUCGUGAAAGUAUGGUCACUUGGACUGGGUGUCCGCAAGAUAUCUACAUUUACAGAUCUACCCCCUGGAUAUUACGAGUAUAACUAUUGCAAAAUUUAAAAUAAUCAGAACCAGGCAGAUUGAUAAGCACCGUCAGAUAAAGUCAGAUAAAUAUAAAGUCUCACAAGAAACCUAGAAAACAUUUUAAGAGUACAUGUGAUCUGAAAAAAAAUCUGGGUGGGAGAUCAAUAGGGUGGGAAAAUAUUCGCCUCCUGUCUUUAAUAAAAUUUAGAUUAUUCAGUCACUAAAGCUAGAAUAAUCCCGAAUUUUAUGGCAAGACAGGAGGCUUCAUAUUUGCUGUUUUAAAGCGUGGAAACCAAAGAAAAAGAAGCAUGGGACGAUUGUCGAAAAUAGAAGGUACGGAAGGUAGAUUCUCUAGACCAAUCAGUGCAUUUUAGGAUGUCUGCAAGGGAUCCCCCAGCUAUAAAGGCGGAAGAGGCAGGAGCACCUCUGACAGAAUGAGCGCCAAAAGAUGAAUCUAUGCCCGCUGAAUCUAGAAGCCAUUUAAUCCAGCGGGCAAUCGUGGGACAAGACACUGGCUUGUGUGGUCGCACAUAUGAGAUAAACAGGGGGCCCGUAGGGGGACGUAGAGGUGAUGUAGAGGCGACGUAGUGUUGGACACAACGAGCAACGUAAAGCGAUGGUCUGUCGGAAAAAUAAGGGUAAGUAAUCGUUAAGGAAUUAGUUUUAGUGCGGCGAGAAAUGUUGAAACAUAUACCUUGGGGCGUGAAUUCAAUAGCGUGAAAGUCAAAUGCUUGAAUAUCAGAGACUCUCCUAAAAGAAACCAAGCAGAGGAGCAAAGCUAAUUUGGCCGACAGUUGUCGUAAAGAGAGUGCUUCAUUGGGUGGCCAAGUCUCUAGGAAGGACAAAACAAGAGCAACAUCCCAAAAAUUAGAAUAUUUUGGGACAGGAGGUCGAGCAAGACAAAUGCCACGCAACAGUCUACAGAUGGAGGGGUGUUUACCUAUUGCUGUAUUAUCAAUGGGGCCAUGAGCUGCCGAAAUUGCUGAACGAAACACAUUAAUGGAUCUGUAGGAUUUACCUUGAUCAAAAAGAGAGGACAAAAAGUUCAUGACGUUAAUCAAAGAAGCUGAAACGGGAUCAAUACACCUUUCCAAGCACCAGCGAUGCCAAACUCGCCAGGCUGAGAGGUAAGAGCGUCUAGUCCCGGGGGCCCAUGAGUCCCAUAAGAGUGCUCUAGCAGACUCCGAAAGUCCUGCGGCAUUCCAGGAUCCCCUGAAACAGUCCAGGCCACUAGCUGGAGAUGACCCUGCAACGCAAGAGGGUGAAAAUUGCCUGCGGGAUCUUUGAGAAGAUCGUGCGUGGCAGGUAGCAGUAGUGGAUAAUUCACCAACAUCUCCAAGAGAUUGGGGAACCAUGGCUGGGUACGCCACAAAGGGGUCAGCAGUGUUAUUGUGGUCCCCUGAGUCCUGAGAUGAUGGAGAGUGCGAAGGAUCAUGGAGAACGGAGGGAAGGCAUAAGCACCGGUCAUUGGCCAAGAUUGAAGGAAGGCGUCUACUGCCAGAGAGGUCGGAUCCGGCAACCAACUGAAAAAAGUGUCCGUCUGUCGGUUCAGACGAGACGCAAAUAGGUUGAUAUUGAAUGGACCCCGAAGAAGAUGGAGACAGUAAAAAACGUGUGGGUCCAAUUGCCAGUCGCUGGAGUCUCUCCAGUGUCGAGAGAACCAAUCUGCGACUAAGUUGUCUGAACCCGGUAGAUACUCCGCUCGCAGGGAGAUGUUCCUGGUAUAGUUCUUUUGUGAGGUCUGAGAGCAUUUUGGAACAGGAUCCCCCUAAACGAUUCACGUAUUGAACAGCUGAGAUGUUGUCCAUUCUCAGUACUAGGGAACAAUUGUAGGAGUCCUUUGCGAAACUGCGAAUCGCAAAGGACCCGGCAAUCAACUCGAGGCAAUUGAUGUGCAAUGCUCGUUCUGAUGGGGACCAAGAGCCUCCGGUAGAGAGAUUUACGCAUGAUGCACCCCAGCCCAGCAGACUGGCAUCUGAUUCUAGGAUGUAAUCUGGCUGUGAUCCAAAGAUCGCUCUCCCAUUCCAUGCCUCCAUAUGGUGUAGCCACCAGUUCAAUUCGAGUCGGACUUCGUCUGUCAAGGAGAUCUGUUGAUCGUAAGAUGCAGAGUGACGUAACGAGCGAGUCUUCAGACAUUGCAUUGCUCGGUAAUGUAAAGGAGCUGGGAAGAUCGCCUGAAUUGAGGCGGAGAGUAGUCUGAUUAUGCGAGCUAAGUCGCGAAGGCGGAUAGUCGAAGAGGCUAGAAUUUUUCUGAUGUCUUUUUUGAUGUUCUUGAUCUUUACUGAAGGGAGUUGUAGGACAGCCAAAACGGAAUCUAUUUAGAAUCCUAGGAAUUGAACCACCUGAGAUGGGGUGAGGAUGGAUUUUUGGACAUUGAUCACGAACCCCAAGUUUUGUAACAGAGCUGUGGUCAUGUCUGUAUGGAGGCGUAGAGUGCCUGGGUCCCGAGCCAUAAGGAGGAUAUCGUCCAGAUAUAUGAUGGAGCGAAUCCCUUGGGAGCGUAGCAAGGCCAUGACCGGUUUCAUCAGCUUGGUGAAACACCAGGGUGCGGAACAGAGUCCGAAGGGAAGGCAUGUGAACUGCCAUAAGUCUUGAUGCCAUCUGAACUGUAGGAAACAGCGAUGGGCCGGUGUUAUAGGAACCGUGAGGUAAGCAUCUGUCAAGUCUAAACGGGAGAACCAGUCUCCCUCGCAGAGUAGGUCUUGAAGGAGGUGGAUACCCUCCAUUUUGAAAUGUUGGUAAACAAUAAAAGUGUUUAGGUCUUUCAGGUUGAUAACUGGUCGAAAGUCCCCUGACUGUUUUCGGACCAGAAAUAUGUUGCUUAUGAAUCUGUGAGGGGAUCGAGAACGUUCUAUAGCGCCCUUGGCGACAAGGUCGUUUAGCACGGCCUCCAAAGUCGCAUUGUCCUCUUGAGACAUGUGUAGAGGUGGAGGGGGGAACUCUUGUAGAGGGUCGUUUGCAAAAUCUAUAUGGAAACCAGAUACAGUUUGAAGGAUCCAUGGAUCCUGAGUUAAUAGAGACCACUGUUGGAAAAAAAGGGUUAGCCGACCUGCAAUAGGAACUUGAGAAUAAGAGGGAAGCAUAUCCACGUCCUCUGAUGGAACGUCUAGAGGGAAAGAACUGCUUGUGGUAGAAACGGGUAUUGCCCGAAUUCCAUGAGUCUGCUGGUUGAGGCCUGUAGCCUGUGAAGGCAGCUCUGCCAGUCGUUCGGCCCCUAUAGCGACCAGCUCUCCCGGAAAAACGCUGGGGUCUGAACACCCUGCGAAGGUUCCAUUGUGCCUUGUUAAGGGAGGUAAACACGGAUACGUGUUUAUUCAGGUCUCGUAUGAACCUGUCCCCGAAUAAUAGUCCGUUAACCUCUGGACCAAGUUCUUUGGUGCCUAGUUCUGCCAAUUUGGCAUCAAUUUUAUGUAACACGGCUUUACGCCGUUCAACGGAAAUAGCUACAUUGGCGUUGCCUAACAGGCAUAACGCUCUUUGUGCCCAUUCACGCACCAUGUGUGCGUCAAAAUUGCCUCCUGCUAGCGUCUCAUCAUCAAUUAUAAAAAUCGGGAUAAGCGGGCCUGCUAUAUCCAUCAGCUUGUCCUGGGUGUCUUUUAAGCCAACUUCGAUUCCUUUGCGGGGAUCUUUACCCGUCUUAGUUAGAAAAGUGACCAGGAGUGGGUCAAGUUCAGGGGUGACAGCCCCCUUAUCAGGGAUCAUAGGCCGUGGACAUUCUGCUCUUAAUUUGGCCCUAAUCUCCUUUUCUAAGGGUUUACAAAGCCAUAAUAUGCAAUAUUUUGCAAUGUGAUCAGGGGGUGUCCAUUCCGCUGAACGAGGGUGUCUGAUGCAGCGUGGGUCAAAUAGAGGACAACCAUUGGUAUCAAGUAGGAUAUCGUCCUUAGUAUUGUCUAAAUUAGUAGUGGACAUAGGGUCAGUGUCCUGAAAGGACUGGGUUUGCGGUAGGAGGAAAGUCUCUGUAACAAAUUCAGAAGGGGAAGGGUCACCUGGGAGAUCCUCCUCUGGAUACGCAUUGUAUUCGUCUAUCACUCGUAGGUGAUAGCCAGAGGCUGAAUCCUUUAAGAGGUCGGAUUCUGAGGUCAAAGUGGGUUUGGCAUGAGACAAUUUAGCUGUCUUUGCUGGGGCUUUGCCAGCAGAAGCACUGUUACCCUUCCACGGGCGUUUACAUGGGGCUUCGUCAUGGUCAGAGACCCUGGAAUCAUCAGAGUCUGACAAUUGCGAGAUGGUGGCAGUAGUGGCUGUCUGGUCAUGAAAUGCUGCCAAGGCUUUGGGGAUAGAGUCUGCAAUUGCAGCUUGAAGCCAGGCUUUUAAUUCUGCUGAUAUUGCAGGUUCUGGUUGGUCCGACAUGGUGACCAGUAAAAUAGUAGUGGGUUCACCACAGAAUCAGUAUACCAAAAGGUAUAUUAAACAACUUUUAUUUUAUUUUAUUUUUUUAAAUUUUUUUUUUUUUUUUUAUAUUAUAUAUAUUAACAAACUUUACACAAAACAAGUAAAAGCAGGGGCUGUCUUAUUGGGGUUCACCCAGAUAAUAUGCAGUCACCUUGAAGGGGACUAAGUGGGGUUCAUCCACAAUUAUGGCAGUUAAACUGUCAAUAUAAUAAUGACAGGGGUAACCUGUGCAAAUCAAUAAAAUAUAUAAGGGGUUCACCCUGAGAGAUAAGGCACGAGGGCGUCACCCUCAAUAAAGAGGCACAAGGGGAUCACCCUUAAAUCAAAAAGGCAAGAGGGGGUCACCCUCUAAUAGGCAUAGAGCUGUAUAGUAUAGUUUGAGAGCAAUCUGCAAAUAAAAACACAAAUAGGCUAAUAUAAGCAAGUGUUCUGUGUAAUAUUCAGAUGUAAUAACAAAAUGUACCAGCAGGGGGCAAUGAAACUUACCGUCUAACAGAGCUGUAAUCCAGUAGCAGAGAGCUGUUCACCGAAAAAGCGCGCGAACGGAAACUAACCGCCGAACAGAAGAUGGCCGCCGGCAUAGAAGGAGGAAGGCGGGAAACUGCGUGUCAAUCAAAUGACGCGAAAAAACGGGCGGUACGGAAAUAGAUCGCGGGCGUGAUUAAAACGGACCGCAGCCACAGCAGUGGCGCGGUCUGAAGAUAAUUUCACCAAGGAAAAGGUUAUUAAGGUUUUACUACAAAAAAACCCAGUCAGUCAUAAAUAAAAAGCACAGGGAAGGGACUGAACAGUGGGCUGACCUGUGAAAAGGUUUAUGUGGUAAAGUGCACAGAUAAAAUAAACACACCAUUACCUCAUGGAAAUAAAAGAGACAGGGAAAGUUAAUUAAAGGAGUCAAAAAAUAUAUGGAAAAAAACAAUAUAAGGUAGGUCAAUAAUAUAUAUAUUAGAGAGCUAUAAUUGGAAUAGACUCACCUGGGAGGCAAGCAGCAAAGAAAGAGGAUUUGGGAGGAGCCUGACAGACUGUUAUGUUCUAAUAUGUGUCCUGAUUGGUUGAUUUUUUCUCUAUAUGUUUAACUAUUUCUUUGCUGCUGGGAGGUUCAGUAAAGAAGGUUAAAGCAAAUAUGAAGCCUCCUGUCUUGCCAUAAAAUUUACAUUCCAGAUAAAAUAGCAAAGCAGUCAAAAUCAAUCUUUGAUUUCAGAUUAAUCCACGAGUUGUUUUCCUUCUCCUGUCUCAUCCUGCAUCUUCUCAAAUGCUGUUUGAUUAUUUUUGAUCUUCUUGAAAAUAAGUAUUUAACAACUUGAUAACAUUUGCUAUUCACAUUCACACGUUUUUAACCUUAUUAUAUUUUUUGUAUUGUUUACUACAUGUAUUUGUAUGUUUGUUUCAGGUUGGAUGGAGCACUGCCCGAGAUUACUACACAUUUCUCUGGUCUCCUAUGCCAGAAAAGUAUGUGGCAGAAUCCACAUGUGAUUGCGUGCUGACUUUUCAAGGUGAGCCUGCCAUUGGUGGUAAUUUUUUUUUCCUAGGUGAGACAUACGUGUGGCGGUACAGAGAUCGUGAUGUUGUACUGCGUGUUUAUAUAUUAUCCAAUUAUGGACAAAAAUUAAAUAAAGUGGUUGUCAACCAAUCACUUAUUCUCAUAAAUCAGUUGUAAAACAAUAUUUCAGACAUACAUUUUCAUCUCACCAGCUUAUGGUAAUUUGUUAAACUGAUUACCUUGCAGCAUUCUCUAUUAUCAGUCAAACCCAUUUCUUACUAUUUCCACACUCCCCUGUUCUACUUCUCCUUUAUAUGUCUUCAUUCUGGACCACUGCUGUUUAAAUGCAAUCUCCCCACAUCCCAUUUUUGUGACAUCUCUCUUUGCUUCACAUUUACAUACCAUCUCUCCACAUCCUCUUUUCAUGCCCUUUUUAAUUGUUAAUUUACCAUUUUCAUGCAAUUAUCUUGGCUUCCUUUUGUUUAAUUUAUAACAGCAUCUAUAGUACCAUUUUGCUCCCAUUUCUCACUUCGUGCAUUAUUCAUACCUCCAGACAUUAGGUUGGAGGAAUUAAAAUCCUCUAUGUGAUGCAAUUCACUGUGGGACAGAAUUACAUAUAAAGAGGAGCGCAGGAGGUGGAAUUAAACAUGUGAUUGGAGUAAGCACUGUUUCAUUGUUAUGCUGCACUGUGGCACACUACUCACUAAUGGAUUUGACAUUGGAUAUUUUCUUAUCUAUUGACCCACUAUGGUACAUCUAUUCCGUCCUUAGCACAAUUCACUAAAUUAGUGGCUGUCACCUGUAAUCUCCAUAAGGAAACUAAUGGACUUAUCAGAAGAUUAAUUUUUUUUUAUUUUUUUUUUAUUUUUUAUGAAUGCUCUUAUUUGAUGUUACCCUGGUUUGGGGGGAAAACAGGCUGCAUUCUCUCUGCCGUUUCUAUAUUGUGAUUAUAUGCCAGACCACUAGUGAAUAUGCACAUUGAGAUGUGGUGUUUGUGAAAUCCAGCAGGCCAAGUGUUCUUACUUAUAAACCUGAUACUCUGUUAACAGAAAAACUGCAGUUUCUUUUUGAAAUGGCAGCUAAUUAAGUGUCCUACCCCACUAAAUUGUGGAGAAUGUUUGUGAAGUAAGAACUACCAAAGUGCUUUGAGAAUAAAAAUGUGUUAAAGAGCUUUCGUGCUUCCAGAAUAAAUAUUUGUGUUAAUGCUAUAGAAAGUAGCUGGUUCCUUGGAAGAUUGUUAAUACUAUUUCAUGUAACUGUCAUCUCCCAAACUCUACUAGUGCAUAGAAAUGUUUCAAGUCUUGAAGAUAACUACUUUAUUUAUAAAACACCAACAGAUUAUAUAUCACAAUAUAGUGGAUAUGUUGCCUACAAAUGGAUUAAUUUUGUUUAAAAAAAAAAUAAGUCAGAGAGAGGAGCACUAUUUUAGUUUUGUUUCAUACAUUGCACAUUACAUUCAGCCUAUCAUAGACACUUCUAUGAAAUGUACAUAAUUGAAUAAAAAAAAUAAUAAUAAUUGAAAAUCGCCUAUAACUCGCGUUAAAGGGACACUAUAGUCACCCAGACCACUACACCUCAAUGAAGUGGUCUGGGUGCCAGGUCCCCCAGGUUUUAACCCUUCAGAUGUAUACAUAACAGUUUCAGAGAAACCACUAUAAUCACCAAACCACUUCAUCUCAUUGUGACACUGUAACAAUUUAAAACAUGGCUGUUUGGAAAUAAUGUGAUUGUGGGGUUUAACACACCCAGUGGCUGUCUACCUGAAAGACACUAGUGAGUGCUUCUGCAGUGUGAAUCAAGCCUGACUCUGUUCUUGAACAUUUGAUUGCAUGUGCAUUAAGUCCACAAUGCUCCUCAAUGAGAAGCAUUUCAUUGGACAAAGUAGUUAUUACUUAAUUAAUUUGUUUAUUGGUAUCAUUGUGACCCCCGGGUUCCCCAUUUAUGCUUUGCAGUAAAUAGCCCUCUUCUUACCUCUUUUCCCACCACCGAGACUAAGUGUUUGCAGCCGUCUGCUCUGCCUCUCAUUCGUCUUCAAGUCCUUUUAGAUUUCUUAUGCAAUCAUAUGAAGUGCUCUGCUACUGCAAUCAAAUGCUUCUCACAAAGUAGCAUUGAAUUAAAUUCAGUAAAGUUGAUUGAAUCAAUGAGAAUACAUUUUAUGAGAGAUAGUCAGACAUACUUGAGAAAGGGAGGUUCUCCCAAAAGCUUGUCCUUACAAAAUUUUUUAAGUCCAAUAAAAAAAGUGUGUGUGUGUGUGUAUAUGUGUGUGUGUAUGUAUGUAUGUAUGUAUGUAUGUGUAUAUAUAUAUAUAUAUAUAUAUAUAUAUAUAUGAUCCUGAUGAAAGUUCUGUAUUAAGAACUGAAACGUCGAUUUUGUGUGGCAGUUGCUGAAUAAAAGCUAAGUUUUUUUCACCAUUUACUUUUUGAAGUCCUUAGAGUGCUGUUACCUACCAUUUUUAUUUUUAUGUUAUUUGUUUUAUUAGCACCAGGCAUUAAUCUAUCUCUACAGGAGUGCAAGUAUUUGAAUAUUUUAUAUAUAUAUAUAUAUAUAUAUAUAUAUAUAUAUACACUAGACUAUAUGAUAAUAAAUCAUACCAUGCUUUAAAAAAAAUAUUCACUCCAAUUCAACUAACCCUCUAAAUUAUAUUCUUUAGGAUACUACCUUCCCAAUGAUGAUGGUGAAUUUUAUCAGUUCUGCUAUGUGACACAAAAUGGAGAAAUUCGUGGAGCAAGCACACCUUUCCAGUUUCGGACAACUUCUCCAGUAGAUGAACUUUUAACCAUGGAAGAUGAAGGCCAUUCAGACAUGCUGGUAGUGACUACCAAAGCAGGACUCCUUGAGGUACGGACAUGUUAUAGUACAUGCAUUUUUGUGAUGUGCCACCAGAAAUGGAUGUUGCUUUCUACACGAAGCCUGCCCAUAAAUCAUGCUCACUUUGUUCUAAAAUGUACAGUGUGUGUCAGUUGCUUGCUUACUUCUAUAUAUUUUUUCUUUACCACACAGCAAGUAAAAUAACCUUAUAUAUUUUGCGAGCUGUUAGGAUAGUAGACCAUAGAUAAAACAAGCAACACUGCAAAAUGAAUCUGUCAUCCUUGCCAUAUAUGAUUCCCUUUAAUUUUGUCAUUAAUAUUGAUAAAGCCUUUGUCACAUAAAGUAACAAUGCACAAAUAUACAACUAGUGAAAAUAUAUAAGAAACAUAUUGCCAUUUUUGGAAAUUCUGCUUCUCUAUCAAAAAUGCCAUUAAAAUAUAAAUAUAAUGCCCCCUGCACUAAGUAUAUUUAUAUGGCUAAAACGUAUGCAGUUUUCAGAGCAAUGCUAUUGCAUGCUGCACAUAAGGCCUUACAUGUGUACAUUCAGUAGCUGUUAAACAACCACUGUACUUAAGAACUUUGUAGAUUACAGUACAAAGGGGGACAAGGCAAACUUUAAUAGUUCUGCUGCUUGCUAUAAACUCUUUCCUUUGCUGGGCAAAAGCCUGAAAAAGGGUUUGGUGGGGGUGGGGUUGUAAGUGAGGCGUUGUUCUCUAGAUUUCAAUUUGCUUUGCAAUGAAAAACAGAAUCUUGCUCAUGUAGACAUUUAAAAAUGUCUACAUGAGCAGGAAAGUGGUAUUUGAGGAAUACAAAUGAAGAAACUCCAAAAUGACGUAAUUAAACUUAGUGGAAAAAAAGUUUAUAGUUUACAAUACUAAAGGUAGCCUUUAAAAAUAUAAAAAAGUAAAUAUAAUUUCUCCCAUGCUGUGACAUAUACCAUUUAUUCAUAAAUAAAUUUAAAAUAUAUCCUAGCACAGGAGUUUAACAAUGAAGAUUAAGAUGACUCAAUUUUAAUAAUGGUAAUUUAACAUUUAUAGCAGUAAUUAAAGCGCAUAGGUUUAGAUUCAGAGGCGUAACUAGAAACCACGGGGCCCCGGCUUCAAAAUUGCCCUGCCCCCCCCCUGUAUGUCUACCCGCCACCUUCCCCCAUAUGUUUCCCCACACACAUGCAAACAGACACAUAGACACACAUACAUACAUACAAACCCAAAGACACGAACAUAGAGACAGACCGAAAGACAGACAUACACAUACAGAGACAUACACAUACAGACGCAUACACACAUACAGACACAUACAGACAGACACACAGACCGACAUACAUACAUGCACACACAUACCUUUUCCUGGGGUCCAGUGGCUCAGCCUGAUGGAAGUCAGAGUCCCCACUCUGACUCCCUCCUCUCGUUCCUCCCGCGCGGCUCCCAGUGGUUGCUGGAAGAAAGUGACUGGGGCAGUCACUUCCUCCCAGCCCCUGACCUCAUCAGAGGGCGCCCAGUCGCGCUGAUUAAGCGCGGGCCCCUUAAAAGUGGCCGUCCAGGGCCGCAUUACUUAGCCGGCGGGACCAGCGGUUGCAGGGGUCUGCAGGGCAACCGGGCCCCCUGGAGUGGCGUGCCCGGUCGCAGCUGUGACCCCUGCAAACGAGGUAGUUCUGCCACUGUUUAGAUUAUAUGGGAACUAUUUAUAUGCUGAAAAUGUUAAAAGUUGUUCUUGAUUAAACCGUAGUGUAUUUUUACAGCAAAUCACAAAUUUGUUUUUCCAAGAACUCUUGACUCCAUUGUUAAAAUGUAGCUUCAAGUCAGGUGUAUCACAUAAAGUUGCAUACAAUUUUCUCAAAGCGUUUAUUUAACAAGCAAUAUCAUCUAUUUCAGUUAAAAAUCGAAAAAACAAUGAAAGAAAAAGAGGAGCUGGCAAAGAUAACCGCUGUAUUGGAAAAGGAAACUGUCCAAUUGAGACAACAAGUAGAAUUGCUGGAAACUGAGCUGACUCGCAAAAGAGAGCAGUAUGACCAACUGUCUUUGGAGAAAGAGGUAAGUACCGCUGAAUUCUCUAAAAGCCCACUAAAGACUGGUGGUGUUCCCUUUUCAAUGUUUUAUAGCGUUACUGUAUUCAAAAACAAACAAAAUGCAAACAAAUGGAAAAAAAUAGACAAUUAUCUUCUGUGAAUGUCCAUUGAUUGCAGAAAACUCCCAGCUGGUCAUGUUAUCCUGAUGUUUUGAAUGGGCGAAUUGUGAUAUCCCAUACAUCCUUGCAAAACAAUGAUUAAUGGAAUGUGUAGUUUAACCGUCUUGUUUAGUUCGCUAUAAGCAUUAAUGGAUAGAGUUUUGAGUGUCCAUUUAAAUCUGUUAUUUGGGGUAAAAAGGUUUUUUAGAACCACCUAAGAGAAACUUUAAUGGUGACAAUGUGGCAUGCACAUAACCUGUUUUUGAUAGGACUAUGUAAAGCAUAGAUAACUAUGAAGUAGUGUGUUAGAGGCCAAUAGGUAGGUCUCCCAUGUUCUCUUCCUGCUGCUCUGUUCAUGGAGUUUCACCUACAGCUAUGCUGGCUGUGUAGAAUUUAAAUAUAGAGGAAUGUAGAGAUCCAAACUGCAAAACCAUCUAAAAGCAUAAACUUGAGCUCUUUCUUGAAAGUAUUUUAAACAAAACAAUAUUACACAAGGAAACAUAUAGUUGGCAGAGUUCCCCCUUGGCUGCAUUUUAAUGGAUUUAUAUGUUUUCAUGUGGUUCUUCUCAUUCAGUUUUGCAAACACGUUUCACCAUUCAUGUUCUUCAUCAGUGUUUGCAAUGAGUCAUCUGAAAGAAUCCUUUUAAAUGCACGACAUGGUGAUUUAUAUGAAGGGGAAGGAAAAAGUGUAGAAGUACAGGACUGAGGGCAUAGAGAAAGGAAAAUUAGAUGACAAAGAUGACAGGCAAGAAUUCAUAGGAAAGGAAAUAGAAAAAGGUACACGAUCAAAAGAUUCUUUAUCUCCCCACUGAUACUCAAGAUCUUAAUAAAAUGCUUCUCAUAGAGACUAUGGGAUCUUUAUGAGACUUUUGCUGUCCCAAGCUCCAAUCCAAUGGGAGGGACACAAUAAAGAGACACAAUAAAGUUGUGCUUUGAGUGUCCCUUUAAUAAACACCUUAUCAUAUUAUAAAUUCUAUUUUCUUUUUGGAGAAGUUGAUGGCAACAAUAUAUUCCACACUGAAACCAUAGAAAGUCAAAUAUGUACAGGAAAUUGUAGACUUGAAAUCCAUUAAACAAAUAUACUGUAAUGGGAUAUUUUCUGUAGUAAAAGAGUUUAAGGUGGAUGGUCACCAUAGUUUGUGCUGAAGGCAAAAAUGAUUGCACAUGCUGAUCCUGGCUUGAGAUGCAUAUUAAGCAUUUGUCCGGUUUGAAAAAAGGCAUUGUAUGGAGUUAACAAGGGCCUAGAGUUCCAGCCUAUUAACCGGGAUGUAGGUAGAACCAAAACUUGACCUAUGUCUUAGCUCUGUUACAUGCACCUGGAUUAUACUUGGUGCUAAUCCGGGAAAAAGGUUCACCAAAUAUGGAUGGUCAGGUGGAAAUGUCCUGGAAGACAUCUUGCUCAUAGAAUAGGCAAGUUGAUUCUACUCUAGUCUUUGCAGAAUUAUUUUUAAUGGAAAAUAUAAUGGUAUAUUAUAGAUUACAUUCAUCAGUGGUCCCAGUGGGUGGCAUAGGCACAAGUCUCCAAGCUCCCAAUCCAAUAAAGAUUGGAAAUGGAAGAUGGCUGGUUUUACAGUAUCUUGUUACAUAUAGUAAUGGUUACGUGCAACAAGUCCUGCAAGGCAUCAAUUUCGCCCAAGUCUCCUAUUUUAAUACUGCAGCUGUCUUUUGGUUCCACGGACAGGACCCAGGCACUCAGCUCUGCUUUGGUCCUAUCCACCUCCAGUUGACAUUUAUUGUGAUACAAUAGUCUCCAUCACCCCAUUUUAGCUAUUGACCUAAUUUUCUGAUGGAAAUGCUUUGGCAUGUUGAAAUUAACAGGGCUUACACUCUGUAGUCAGAGGUUCUUUCAGACAUCUUCAUUGUAGUCACACUCACAUUCUUGAACUCCAAACUCAGGUUUAGUUGGUUAGUGACAAGCUAGCAUAAUGUACAUGAAUUGCAUACUUAGAGCGGGUUAAUUCUAUUAACCUUUUCCCACAUGAUCUUUUCUGUUUGGAAAAUAUUAGAAAGCUUUAGGAUUUUGGUUCCAAGCUUGGAUGAAACAGAUGUGUUUAAUUGGAGAAAAGAUAGCCAGCAUAAAUAUUCAUUGUAGUACUGUGUAAUUAACCCCCUUCUUGCUGGCCUUUGUUUAGAAUUAUUUUAUAUCUGUUGUGACAGGUUGUUUAAUUCCAUAAAAAGUGGUUACAAUAUAUUCUUCAAGCGUGUCACUCUCCUAAUAGGAAACAAAGAAUUUAUUGGAAGGACAGUAUCUUCUAUGCAGCUGGUAGUGGUGUUGCCUUUUUUUUGUUAUAUAUUUCAUCAAUAUAUGUUUUCAGUUAAAGGGUUACUCCAGCCACCAUGACCACUUUGCUUUUAGAAUUGGUCAUGGUGGUAGGAGUUUGUAUGCAUAGUGUUUUAGCUUGAAACCCUGUACAUACAGAGAUAUUUGCACCUCUGGUAUUAGAAACAUGCAUUCUAUAGCAGCAAUAUGUUUAACACCUGAAUGUGGUACUCAAUGUGAGUGGGGAUGGAAGAGAGGCAGGGAAAGGAGUCAGUGAAUUAAAGGGAUAGACACCAGAACAACUUUAGCUUAAUGAAGCAGUUUUCGUGUAUAGAUCAUGCCCCUGCAGUCUUGCUGCUCAAUUCUAUGCCAUUUAGUAGCGAAAUCACUUUUAUUUGUGUUUUUACUUUCAAUCAGAUCUUACAUUUACUUUUAAAUGUUUUAUUUCCUGCUAUUAAAUUGUACUUCAAUCACACUUAGAAGCUACUUUAGGAUCUAGCAGGCCAUUAACAGAGCAGGAGAUAAGAAAUUAUAGAUUAAAAGGACUGUGCAAUAAAGCAACAUUAGAUCUUUCUUUACAGGAAGUGUGUAGGGAAACAAGUCACAUGCAGAGAGGUGUGACUAAUAAACAACAUGAAAGGAACUCUAUAGUGUCAGGAAUACAAACAUGUACUAUUUAGGUACCUAGCUCCCCGCUGAUCACAUGGAAAUGGUGAGUUUAUUAACCCUUUCUCCCUUGCCGCACCGAUCUCGCUGCUGCUUUCCAAUGGAAAGCAUUGGGAGGCUAUUGUGCAUGCAUGACAAAACGCCAUGCAGAGCGUGGAGACUCUGAACAUAGGUCCUGCACACAAUGCAUAAAAAAAAAAAAAGGAACACCUCAAGUGACUGUCUGAGGCAAAAGUGUUGAUCUUUGCCAAUCCAAUGCUUACCUAUGGGAAAAAGGUCAGUAAAUCACCUUUCGAACCUGAGGUAAGCGGGGCCGACCACCUAAAUGUUGGUUUUAGAACUAAAAUGUCAGGAAUACACGUUUGUGUUCCUGACACUAUAAUGCCCCUGGAACAUUUUGCACUAAUUUUCAUUUAUGUGUCACAAAUACUGGGUGGCCCAAAAGUAGGUGUAUAGUUUAUUUGCAUAUGACUUCCAUCAACAUUGCAACAUUCCACUAUUCUUUCCAACUGCCAGACUGAUAUUUAAAUAACUGAAAUUUAGUGCCUCUUUGUUGUGUGUAUGUGUACCCAUAUAAUCUGUUGUGAUUAAUUUCAUUGAUUCAACUAUAUACCUACUUUUGGGCCAUCCUGUAUAUUUUGCCUAGGAUUAAGUUGCACUGUAUUACUAGUACUAACAGUACUACUACAAAUUGUUAGUAAUACAUAAAUAUGGAUUUGAGAACUGCUACUUUGACUGUUUUAAGCUUCUUUGUUUAAAAGAAACAAAGAAGUCUCCGUUUUAUGCCAUAGUUCGCGUUUCCAAAUGCACAGAUGGUGUACGUGCAUUUGGUGAAGCACCAUCAAAUUGUAUGUUUUAAAAAAUAUAUGUAUAGAUAUGUAUUUUUUCUUUGUUACAAUUGGGUAACCAGCAAUAAAACAGUAGCUUGACAGUAUAAAUGAUAGCUGGACUGACGUCAGACGUGAUCAAAUAGAAGACUGAAAUCAAGUAGCAAUGUUUCAUCCUGUAGCUUUAUGUUUAACAACUUAGAAAGGUAAAUUUGCUCUGGCAGGGUGAGACACUGUAAUUGCUCUAAGCCUGUAUUGGUUUUAAUUGACAAAAAGGUCACUCACUGGCCAUAAACAGGCAAAUCCUGUUAACAAUUGCAAAGAAUGUUUUCAGAUUGGCAAUUUAGUGUCUAGUGUUAGUGUGUUUACCUGGAAUUACCCUGUUCUAACACAUGCAGAUCUAAUAAUAUUGUACAGAGAUUCUUGAUAUAUAUAUAUAUAUAUGUAUGUUUCUUGUCACCGAUCCUUUGGGUUAAUAGCCCAUGCUUUGGUUUAAAAAAGCUGUGUUUAAAACCGUGUCCAUGGUGCUAAGGGUAUCUACAGAAAUGCUGUAUGAAGUCUGAAACACAAAGCCAGACUGUGUGUAUUUGCAUGUCAAGCUUGGAACUCUGUGGAAAUAGGAUUUCUCAAGUUUCUAUGCCCAAACAGGAUCCCUCAAAGUAUAACUUGAGAUAUGCAGAUGAUUCAUAACAGUAUUUUUUGUGUGUGUUUAUUAUAUAUAUCAUUUUUUUGUUUUAAAGGACCACUCUAGGCACCCAGACCACUUCAGCUUAAUGAAGUGGUCUGGGUGCCAGGUCCAGCUAGGGUUAACCCAUUUUUUUUUAUAAACAUAGCAUGUUUAUGAAUGGGUUAAGCCUUCCCCCAAAGCCUCUAGUGGCUGUCUCAUUGACAGCCGCUAGAGGCGCUUGCGUGCUUCUCACUGUGAAAAUCACAGUGAGAGCACGCAAGCGUCCAUAGGAAAGCAUUGAUAAUGCUUUCCUAUGCGACCGGCUGAAUGCUCCCUCAGCUCUUGCCGCGCGUGCGCAUUCAGCCGACGGGGAGGAGAGGAGGAGGAGAGCUCCCCGCCCAGUGCUGGAAAAAGGUAAGUUUUUUUUUUUUCCCCCUUCCAGAGCCGGGCGGGAGGGGGACCCUGAGGUUGGGGGCACCCUCAGGGCACUAUAGUGCCAGGAAAACGAGUAUGUUUUCCUGGCACUAUAGUGGUCCUUUAAAGAUCACUCCAAGCACCAUAACCACUAAAGCCUGCUGUAGAGGUGAUGGUGCCCUGGUGCCAUUUCGCUGGGAGUCCAAAGUACAUUUGGUCUCCUGCUGUAGAAGCCAGAUGUUUCCGAACAUUAAAGCACAGCCAAUCAAGGGCUGUGCUUAUGAGCCAAUAAAGAUUUUCCUAUGGCGAAGACUGGGAGCAUAUAUAGGGUGGGCAUCUGGUGGUACCCAGGUAAAUUGUCAAACCAUACUAAAAUGGUUACAUCCUAGGAUAAUUUACUAAGGACAUUUCGAUACUAGAUUGUCAAUGAUGUCUUCAGGGCUGUGCCAUAAAAUAAAUCAGUUUUUUUUGGUGCGUGUGACAGUCCGUGCUAUAUCAUCUGUCACUAAAGGGUUGAUGUUUUUGUAGUUGUGGUGUGUGAAAAUGGAUGGGGAAUGUUGGUUUUGACAUCUGUCACUUUCUAGAUUCUUGCAGAUUUUUGUAUUAACAGAAGUAUCAGAGUUCAGGUAGCCUUGUAACCAGUUUUCUAGUUACCUACAUUAGGACACUAGCAGCCAGCAAUCAUUCAGAUCACACACUGUUAUUCUCUCCAGUAGUAUAUUGAGAUCAGGGUGUUUUAUCACAGUAGCAUAUAGCGAUCACUUAGAUCACACUGAAAUUCUCUCUAGCCAGCUGCAGCAAGCACACUGCCAUUAAUGCUGGCAGUAUAACCUGAGCUGCAGAUGGCUGAAGAGAUCAGUUUGAAUUCUUCCAAUUGAAGUACUAAUCUCCAAAUACAAUAGGAGAUCUCUCGAAGGAUCUGCCAGCUUGAUUUUGUUAGCAGAUCUUAUAUAAAUAGCUCUGCAAAUAAUUAAAUCACAUUAUUUUGACACUGACAGUUCUGUUGUUAGAGCAGACUGUCAGAGUGCAGAUAUUUUCACCAGAUAUCUCAAAAAACGCAUUAUAAGAUUGACAUGUUUGGCCUUCCAUGCCCACUUGAUAAACACUUAACCCUUACAAGGUACACACUUAGGGGACAAAAGCUGUACUGACAUUGGAAAUUGCCUACACAGCAUUAUAUAAACCACAGAAAACGAAUAUAGCUUGAUAGGAGGGAGUUGUAUUACAGGCUGAAGGACCAGUCAAUGAAAGUCAACAUUUUUAUUCAUGUCCAUCACUCCACUAACAAAAUUCAAUUUCCUAUAUAUCCUGGCUAAGUGAUCUUCUUACAUCACGAUAAGAAAUGGUGCACGGAAUUCAAAAUUAUUGGUUGGUGAAGAUUUAUUUCCUGAUCACAGAUCAAUGGUUUCACUGCAUUUUUAGGUGACAAAUAGUUGAGCAGUGUUAGUAUAUACAAACUUGUUAUGUGCGUGAAAUAAAAUACAAUAUAUGUUUGCUAUUUCCUUGGGUCUCAAAUGGACAGUUUUAUUUUAAUUUUUUAAAUCCUUAUUCUUUGUUGUAUUUCAUAUAAAAAACACACACAAAAACAGAUAAGAUAUGGGAGUGGAUCAACACAUCCCUCCCAUAACAAACAACAUCCUCUCAGAGAUAACAAACUUCAAAAGACAAUUUGCAUAGAUCUCCUAUACAAUAGAUCUAUCCUAUUAUACUCUUAAAUAGCAAUACAGAAGCUUGUAACCCCGUCACUCUCACCCAAACACACAAUAUUGGUUUCUUCAACCUAAUCAAAUUUCCUGUGGACAGAUUGUACUCCACCUUCUUAGUUUAAUCAUAUCUAUAAACCUUCGAAAGAGUGUCAUCAACUAUUAAAGGAACACUAUAGUCACCUAAAUUACUUCAGCUAAAUAAAGCAGUUUUAGUGUAUAGAUCAUUCCCCUGCAAUUUCACUGCUCAAUUCACUGUCAUUUAGGAGUUAAAUCACUUUGUUUCUGUUUAUGCAGCCCUAGCCACACCUCCCCUGGCUAUGAUUGACAGAGCCUGCAUGAAAAAAACAACUGGUUUCACUUUCAAACAGAUGUAAUUUAUUUAAUAAUUGUAUCUCAGUCUCUAAAUUGAACUUUAAUCACAUACAGGAGGCUCUUGCAGGGUCUAGCAAGCUAUUAACAUAGCAGGGGAUAAGAAAAUCUUAAUUAAACAGAACUUGCAAUAAAGAAAGCCUAAAUAGGGCUCUCUUUACAGGAAGUGCUUAUGGAAGGCUGUGCAAGUCACAUGCAGGGAGGUGUGACUAGGGUUCAUAAACAAAGGGAUUUAACUCCUAAAUGGCAGAUGAUUGAGCAGUGAGGCUGCAGGGGCAUGUUCUAUACACCCAAACUGCUUCAUUAAGCUAAAGUUGUUCAGGUGACUAUAGUGUCCCUUUAAAUGCACAAGGUUCACUCCCCCAUUACUGCUCAUCAUAUAGAUCAUCUCCUCCUGCCUCUCCUAACAUAGCCUCCAUUACUUCUUAGAUGCAAAUUGGUCCUUCAAUUUUUACCAAUCUUUGAUCUUCUCAAUCAUAAUCAGAUAUUGUUCCAUUAAUCAAAUGGACAGUUUUAGCACCAUAACCAUAACCAUAGAGCUCAUUGUAGUUGGCACGCCCCUGGGAUUGUGUCUAACCUUUUUUAGCUGUUUUAUUUUCCUGGACUAUACAGCCUGACCCUCUGCUUACGUAAUGCAGAAAUUACACUUAUUCUUCCUUACACUAUCCUUAACCUUGGGCAGCAUAGAUAGACUCUAAAUGUUGAAGUUGUUUAGCCCAGAAUUCACAGCCUAUCUUUCUCUGCUAUAUAAAAUUAAAACAGACAGUUAUAAGAUGUAUAAACGGCUAAACGGAAGCAAUCAGCCGGCGAGCAUUUAAAAGGACAAGCGAGAAGGAACAACUUCUAUUCACCAACUAAGGAGGCCGUAGGACAAGGUGAAACAUGUUUUGAAGCUUUUAGAGACUUUUUAUUGUCUUUUUUUUUUUUUUUUAAUGUUCAGCUACGUUUUUGUUUUCUUUUUCUCUGUAUACUAACCAACAAAGGACUUUUUUUUUUGUUCCACAUGGAACACCUGUGAACCUCUCCACUUAUUGAGUUGAGCAAGCCUAUUUCUAGGACCAUGUGAGUGCAUCCUUGUGUUCAUCCUUGUGUUAUCCUAUAGGCUUUUUGUAUUGGUGUAUCACGCUAUGUGAUAUCUCCUGUCCAGAUAACUACAGGAGACCACACAGACGAGGGGGUAGGAUUUCCCAUAAAUAUCCUGUUGUGCAAGAAUUUUGAGCCAAGUAUUCCUACUGGCUCUUAUUUUGUGAGUGUAUUUACUAUCUACAUUUUAAUUCCAAUUUGUGUGUAUCAGCAAUACUGCACUAUUUGUUUAUUUAUAUCUUUCUCUGCUGUCUAAGGUUAGACGGAUAUUGCAGACGUUCACUUCCCCAUUAUCCAAACCGCAACAUCGGAGCCAGGCUUUUCGUGCCAUUAGAGCCGAAGUAGAGCUGUACUUUUUAUAGCUUGUCUUAGAGUAUACCUUUAACACAAAUGAUGUUUGCUAUAUCUCACCAAGACUACAAUUCCUUACUGUGGGGUUGUAAUAAUGCUUUACAUGAUAAACCAUAAUUAUUAGUACUUGCCAUAAAACAUACAACAUAUAUACACAAAUAAUGUAACAGGGCUAUUUACUAAAGUGAAAAUUUCAAAUUUAAAGCCAGCGUAUCCAAACUGGAAAAGCAUAGCUGACUUAAAUAAUUUUUCCAGUUAAACUAUUUUGACCUUAAAUUUGAAAUUCACUUUGAAUUCUCACUCUAUUAAAAAUCCAUAAAAGCUUUUAUUCAAUCAUAAGGUACUCAGAGCAGGUAUUUCCACCAUGUAAAACAGAAAUAUACAAAAUAUUUUUUAGAUUCUUAAUUUUCAAACCUAAAAAUCUUAAAAAAUAAAUUUGUUGUGACAACUUUAUUUCCAUUACAGAUUUACAGGACAUUACACUGCUUAUGAAAAUGCAAAAGUCAUAACUGGUUAAUGUUUUAGCAGGUUUUGUUUUCCAUGUUUUGUUUUGCAUUAUUGUCAUUUUUGUCGCCAACAAUUUUGUAUUUGGGACAUAAACAAUUGACAACAAAUUAUGUAAACCAGAAAGUGAUAUGGUAAGAAUAAUAUAAUUUUAAUAUUAACCCAAGCAUAUAAGUAACCAACAUGGUUCUUCUGAAUGAUACACGGCGUGUCUUUAUUAAGCCGCUGGGAAGGAAUGGUAGCAUUGCUAAAGGUAUUUGAAUUAUUAUACCUACACUUUGUGCUUUGAAUACAGAGAUGUUUUGUGUGUUGCACUUUUUCAUGUUUUUCAUUUUUUACUUGCUUCAUUUCAGCAAAUGAAUUUGCAUGCUAAAUCUUGUUGGGUUAUUUAGAUCCAUAGAUUUUGCAAAAGCCUUUCUUGGAAGUGGAGAUCAGAUUUUAUUGGUUGGGGGGAGGGGGGGGGAGAAGUUACAUUUAGAUAGCUAUUUCUAGGCUUAUGUUGCCCUCUAAUGGUCAAAUAUUGUAAACUCUAAAAUAAAAGACUAAAGGGAUACUCCAUCACCCGGUCGGUGUUAGUUACAGUGUGAGGGUUACAGUGAUGCAGAAAGGACUUUACUCGUGAACCUAAGUGACCAUCAUGCAUGGUUGGGUCUUUUACUUAUUUGGUAAGAGCUUACUGCAAAGCCUGGGGAUUAGCAGCUGAUAUACGAACUUCAAACGUGAUCAUUGCUUUUAAUACUUUUUUUUUUUUUUUUUUAACCACUUGGACAGCAGUGAUUUGCUGUGAGUGCUGGGGACAUGUCAGUCCAUGCUCUCAUCCAGUCAGUAGCAUGCAUGUUGUUUGAAUGUAACCGUGAUAUUAUGAAAGUGUAAACUCUGCAUUAUUAAUUUAGUUGAGGAGUGGUUGGUCUGUUAGUGAUGAGAAGAGCCCCAUGUUUAUGGCGAAAUACAGUUUGACUUUAAAUUGGGCUGGCACGAGUGCACUAUAUGCAAGAUAACCACUAUAACAAGCUUGCUUAGAGUGUCCCUUUAAAAUCCUUGCACUUUAAACUAUUAAAAGUAAAAUUCUCAAACUCCCUAUUGUGUGGGGGGAAGGAGAGAACAUAUGGAAAGCUAAUGGCUUGCAUUGUUAUUGAUCCCACACUAUGUAUUUGGAUCUUGCACACAUGUCAAGAAGAUUUCACAGGCAAACACUUAAUCUGGUGCAUGCUCAUGUGUUUGUGAAUCAUUGGUGCAUUGCCAUUUGAUUGUGAUUUAUUGUGAUUUUUUUUGGUGCAUGCUCAUGUGUUUGUGAUUUAUUGGUGCAUGUCCAUGUGCUUGUGAUUUAUUGGUGCAUGUCCAUGUGCUUGUGAAGUAUUGGUGCAUGCUCAUGUGUUUACGAAUCAUUGGUGCAUGCUCAUGCAUUUGUGAUUCAUUGGUGCAUGCUCACAUGUUUGUGAUUCACUGGUGCAUGUGCUGUAUAUUACCUUCCAAUGCAUGGGAGUACAACAGUAGAAGGAAGCUAUGGAUGCACCAAAAGAGAUGAGUCUGUAAAUGGUAGCCAUGUAGUAGGCAAGCCCCUGUAAAAGCUGGGGUUUUCUUUAAACAAACCUCUUAACUUUUUACACUUUUUAAUAUUCACCUAUCACUAGAUUUAUUUAUUUUUACAUAAAGGACAACUGUCACAUCAACACUAUUUUUUAAUAUAAUGAUCCUUUCAUCAAGUAUUGAAAGGAAAUAGAUUCUGUGUUUAAUUAAGUAUAUGUUAAAAAAAAAAAAAAGACAAAAAUCCAUUCCUUAGCUUAGUAUGUACCUUUUUAUAUGACGUCAUCAGAGGGACUAACUGUCAAAUCCAAACACUGUAGGGAUGAGUUUUUCAAAAUGUUUUUACUUAUACUUCAUUUAACAUAUAAUCCAUUUCCUUUAAUAACUUUACAAAAGGAUCAUUAAAGUGUAGUGUUGAGGUGAGAAUUGUCCUUUACUAUUAACCCAUUUCUCUGCUAACUGUAUAUACUUUCUGAGGUUUUUCUUUUCUUUUUUUUUUUUUAAAGCAGAUGGAAGAUAGGUUUUCAAAUAAAUACAUUUUUACAAGCAAUGUAUCUUAAAAACAAACAAUGUAUUUUUGAUUCUGUAAGAUACUGCUUCUCACAACACAUACUCCAGGAAUAGAAUAGUUGCAGGAAUUGGGUUGCUGGGUUACCAUAGUUAAUUGACUUAUAGACACAUCAGCACUUUUACAUCCUAGAUCUCACUAUAAUUGCUUUAGUUAUGACUCAGACAGACUGAAAGGAUGUCAUGUUUGCCAGUCUCACUGUUAGGGCAUUUUAAAUGUAUUUUUUUUUGUUUUUGUAAAUCUUUCUUUUAUUGAGGCAUAGGUAAGUUGGGUACAGAAAAGAAGAUGGGGAUACAUAUUAAAUCGUCAUACAUCCAAUUUGUAAUGAAACAUACAUUGAUAUAUUAAAUGUAUUUUUUUGUUUUGUUAUUUGGAUCAGUUAAAGUAGUUGUAUUUGGUUAAUCUGUAUAAGAUAUAUAAAAUGUACAUAUGGGGUCAUAAUAAAUAUAUACAACAUUAAAGGGACACUAUAGUCACCAUAACAACUACAGCUUAAUGUAGUUGUUCUGGUAAGUAUAAUCAUUAUAUGCAAGCAUUUUCAUGCAAACACUGUCUUUUCAGAGAAAAGGCAAUGUUUACAUUGCCCCUAGGGAAACCUCCAAGUGGCCACUCCUCAGAUGGCCACUAGAGGUGCUUCCUGGCUCAGUGCUGCACAGAAGGCAGCAGUGUCGUUCAGCGUCUCCACACUCUGCAUGGAGACGGUAAAUUUUCCUCAUAGAGAUGCAUUGAUCCUCUCUAUGAGGAGGUGCUAAUUGGCCAAAAUGGCAAUUCUGAUGAUGUCACCAAGGGGGCAGAGCUAGCGCCGGAGUUUUAAUUGCCUUUAUGGGGGCUAAUGCGGGGCAAGCCACCUAAAUGGUGGGUCUAGCACUAUAGGGUCAGGAAUACAUGUUUGUGUUUUUGACCUUAUAGUGUUCCUUUAAGUGCAUAUUUAUUGUUUAAGAUAUUUUUGUAGCUAGUCUGUCGAUUGUGGUGAGGAAAGCAUAUAUAUGCUAUUAGUGGCAAAAUGAAAUGAAAAAAAAAGCUAGUAGAUGAAAAUUGCAGUGCAUUUAAAAUAGUUGAGCUAGACAAUUUUUAUAAAAGAAAAGCCGACUGAAUUCCCUUAAAGGGACACUGUAGUCACUAUAACCACUUUGUCUCUUUGAAUUGGUUAUAGUGCCUGGAGUGUCCUGGCAUUGUCCCUCCAUUCAGUGUUGCACCAUGUUUGUGCAGUAUGCCCACAGUCCGGCCCCUUCAGUAUGUGUAGCUAAGGCAGAGAUUACACACUUCCUUGUUGUCAUACCCAUUCAUACCGUCAGUUGGAGCGCUGACAGGUUAAAAGCAGUCAGCUGACACUCUCAGCCAAUCACAGCUGCCCAUUGCUGCUCAGGGUAAUACUUCCUUAUUAGCCAAAGCAGCACAGAGGAGAUGGAUUGCCGUGGUCUCUUGUUUAGCAUUAAAACAUUACAACAUUAAAAACUGUUUAAUGCCGAAAGAAAUGAUGGCACCAGGGGACUCCAUACACUAUAACCAGUUUAAUGAGAUGAAGCAGAUACAGUGCCUACGGUGUCCCUUUAAUAUUAUUUUUAUAGUCAUAAUUUCAUAUUCUCCCAUAUCAAUGAAUAUGCUCUUACAAAUGUUUUUGAAGAUGCCAAAAUAUAGAAAAAAUGAUAUCGUGUUGUGAUAUUAUGUAAUUGUUUAAUCUUUAAAACAAAUGUCAAAAUGUCAUCUGAAAUCCCGCUCCCUCCCCCCAAGUGUGCCACUGAAUUUUAUUUUCUCAGCAACCACUAUCUGGGGAGUUACCUUGGCCGCUGCAGAUAGCCAUUAAAGAAUUGUUCCAUGGUAAUCGGUCAUCAUAGAAUGCCUCUACAACCUGUAUUAGCAUAUGGAUUCUCAAGAACAUGGUUUUACUAUCGGCAUCACCAAUUCUGAGCUAGCCCAGUGGGAAAUUUAGAGAUAUAGACAAAUUUCAAGACAUUCCGAAGGGAGUUGGCUUGUUGGCUCCAGACUAGCAAUGACCUAAAUACCACACUUGGUAAGCUUCCUCUGGGUAUAGUCGCUAAAUUAUGAAGCUGCAUAUAAUGCACUGAAUGGAAAAAAAGAUACAAAAUUACCAUUUCUAGCUGAGACGUGAAUUUGCCUGCAACUUGGUUGGACUGAAAAUAGAAUCUUGCAAAAUCUCUCUAUGUUCUAUAGAGUUCAUUCAGCAAGUUAUCGCAUAGUAAAAGAAAAAGGGCUCAGUUUUAGUGCUCCAUUUAAUGUUGGUUGGUAGUUUGGAAGCCCUUGCUGAUCCGUCUCCUCUACCCACAGCUGUGAGUGUGGUCAAAGCGAAAUAAAGUGUGUCUGCAUCCAUAAAUGAUUGUUUUACUGUUUUCUGGCAGAAAAAGUUUAUUAAAAAAGAAGGGGCUUUAAAACUUCAGUAAUUGUUUUAUAUACUCAUUUAUUUAACUAACAUAAACUGAUCUUAUUCAUAUAUAAAUACCUAUCAAUGCGUCAUUAUGUCAACUAAAGAUCAGGGAUGCUCCACUCACAAGUCAUUUUCAAUGUUUGAUGUUACGUUAUAGUAAAAUAAUGACGUUAUGUAUUCGUGUCGAUAGGUGCCGAACAUUUUAAAAGUAUGGGACUCUCGUCUAGGCCGUAAUUACGGUGUCUGGUUGUUAAAAUGUGUGUCUGAUAGUCGUAUUUGCCCUUGUUUUUUUUUUUUGUUCUGAAAAUUGUAAGUUCAUGUUUGGAAAGAAGACUUGUUACAUGGUAUGUCUGCAUACUACCCCUGGAUGCUUGUAAAAGUUCCUUUCUUAAUUACUGUAGCUCAGAGCAUGAUUUUCACAAUUAAUGAGUAAACACAGUCCCUCAUUAUAUUUUAUUGUAGCUGAAUAGUUUGUAGCUAACUUGGAUGCUGUCCAGUACGAUUUCUUCAUGUAUGGAAAACGGCACACUAGUCUGACCCUUUCAGUGCCAGAUGGGCUUUCAGUGCUAAUGUGGAUUGUUCACACGGACCUUUGGUUCCCAGAAUAGACACUGUUUUAAACAGCGGUUUGCGUUCAAUAAUCUAGUUUUUGUGCAAUAAAUAUACUGCAGUAGAUGGUGAUAAUUGUGCUUCUGGCUAUACCACCUUAUGUUUUUGCUUUUUUCGUUUCUUGGUUAUUUUUUGUAAUACAUUUUUUUUUGGUGUUUAUCUGUAUUUUUGUCCAUGCUCAUAGAAGCAGGGCUUGCACUGUACAUGCGCUAUCAAAUUACUGAGUUUCCAGAAAAAAUACUGAACUCUGGUUUUAUAUAAAACUUGUAGAAGAAUGAAGAAGGAAAAUUGUUGAAUGGAUUAAUGGAUUUAAAUAGUUUGUAAAAGAAAGCUGAGUAUUCACUCAUGCUAUAUUCACACUAUGGAGGGUUUUUGGUUGUGUUGCUGUGUCCGGAAGAGGCACAGGAGCUCUGCAGUGCUUAUGUGCAGUGGAGCUGUCACCAUCUUAGCAUGAUGUGCACUCGCUCUUGAUCAUAUAACAUUAUUUUUUAUAUGGACUGUUUGGCUGCUUUUACUGGGCACACAGUGUUUAUCAUCAUACCUGUCUGAUGGGUACUUGAAGAAGCUGCAAUGGUUUUGCUUUCCCUUCUGCACGAGUUAAAUACAUCUUCCUCUUCAUACUUAAUGUGUAGAGUGUUUUAUUUGGGGUUUUUAGAGGGCAAUGCGUAUGUGCAGGCAAACAGGCAAGAUAUAAUUGUUGAAACCAACACAAACUAGAUUUAACCAGUUGUUUAUGGUAGCUGGACAAAUCUAGUGUGUGAGAUCUUUAUUUAAAGUUUAUUACGAUAGAGACAGUGUAUCAUUUACAGUGUUAAACCAUUACAUUUCACAGAAAAUUGAUUUCCAAAGGGAUAUUACAAAAUGAAAUCAUGUACAGGAUGAUAUGGAUUUUAGAUUUAUGUUUCCAGUACUGUAUAUCAAUUUUGAUGCUCAAAAUCCUAGCAUUUUUGUAAUUACAGUUACUUUAUGUAUGUUAAGUCAACAAUGUUUUUCAUUCAGUUUAAAAUCUACCCCUUCAACAUAACAUAGAUUUACCUAGCACAUCAUCCCACCAACACUGUUAAUAGAGGAAGACGCUUUUAUAUGACUGCAAAAUAUAAGAAUGUAUUACAAAAUUGUACGAAUGCAUACCAGGAUUAGGAUUGAGGAAUUACAUUUCAGGAUCAUUUUAAUAUUAUGAAACAUUCUUUUUACUGGACGCCAUUAAUUCGCAUCAUAGCCUUUGACAUUAUAACAGAAUGGAGAGUCCCACUAUUUGAAUGAUGUCUAGACUGUAUAGAUUUGCAAAUGGUAAUUAAACAGUCCAUACUGGUAUAAGACCUUUUGGACCAGAGUGUGAUUACGACAUGAAAUAUCUUUAAAUGGGUGAAAUCUGUAUAAUGCAUUUCAUAUAUUCUGGGAUGUGCAAUGUCUCUUCAGGCAGUCCUUCAUCCUAUUAGAUUUGUUGCCUUUUUUCUGCUAGGUGAAUUUUGGUUGAGGUUCUGUUAUUAAUCUAGGGAAUAUAUGUAUUGAGUGGUAAAGAAAAAAAUUAAUAAAAAUAAUUCUCUGGCUCCCAGUCCAGAAUUUUCUUAGGUUGUGCACUGGACUUGGGUUUGACACAGUGCUUAUAUGUAUAUACAGUAUAUAAAUGUGUGGCACUCUGUGAUAUAGUGAUAUAUGGUUUUUGGAAAUAGUUAUGUGUACAACUAUGAGAUUAAUACAUACAUGCAUUUUUAUUCUAUCUGUCAUACAAUUUUGUGUUUCUUAGGAAAUAAAUAAAACAUCUGAAGGUGUCAAAGCUGAAACAGAAGAACUUAAGAAAAAAUGUGAGGCAAUGACUUCUAGAAUUCACCAAAUGGAAGAUGACAUCAUGAUUGUGACUCAGAAGACCAUUGCAAAGGAAACCGAACUGGAAAGGUAUUACGUUAUAUAUGUAUUGUAAACUGUCCCGCUCCCGCUAUUUUUCCUCAAUAGCAAAACAGUACAUUUAGAAAAAGAAAACGUACAAAUCACUCUGUUGCCAGGUGAACAAAGUAUAAACAUUGAUUUCAUAUUUUUUCAUCAGCUUUUCAAAUGAUCCUAAUCUGGCAAAUAAACAAAUAGAAUGAUUCGUCUUCAACUAUUCCCAUAGAUUUUAAUGGUGACUUCUGUAGAUAAACCAUUUGUAAAGUUUUUCUAACAGAUUGUGAUUAUCCCAAAAUAUUAAAUCAUGGCCAUAUAUUUUUAGAUAUCCACGACGACAAGCGUUUCUCUUUCAAUUGUACAACUAUGCAUUUGCAAUUUGGAUUGCCAACUGGCAGUCUGGUAAACUCGCAAUAAUGUAUUGAAUUAUAUAGAAUUCUGUUCUUUGUUAACAGGGAGUAAAAAAUGUCUGCCAAAAAAAAUACAAAACACAAUUCUUUAUGAUGUAUUCCUUACAGGGACUCUUCAAGCACCUUCAAAUCUCUGCUUAUGGUGCAAUGUGCUCCCCUGUCCCUUUUUAGUUGCAGCCAUUUCUGUCCACCCCCUUACUGACACAGGCAAGAGAUGUGCUUCUGCUAUCUAUACAAAUAUUCAUAUGACAUAUGCAUGCCAUAUUAGCCCCUCCACCUUCUUCUAGCUGGUAUUGUAACUAGUUGUAUUAAUUAAAGAAAACGUUAAUGAAACUAAUCAGUAGGUAACACCACUAUGCCUGCUAUUAAAUUGUGCAGUACUUUCAUUCAUAUGCUUUCUUGCAUGAAACUACAGCUUACUGCAGGACUAUGUAGUCUCUAAAACCUGCUGAGCAGAGAUUGGUGGGCUAUACACAGCUCUCCCAUUGAGAGCAGCAGGCAGCCAAGGAUAGUCUGAGAAUUCUCAUCCAUUACCUGGCUCCUGCAUAGAACUCCACCAGGGGAUGUCUAAGUGUAUUGGAAUAUGGAAUAGGAGGUUCUCUCCAAACUAGUGCUCUUGGGCCAUUUCAGUAUUUCUUGGUGUGGCAUGUCUACCAUCUGACCCUGAUCUAGGGCUGCUGCAAUUUGUUUUAGUGUUUGUUAUAUCAAAAUAUAAAAGAGGGUUACCAAGCUAAUGUUAUGCAGAAAAUGAAUAUCCAAGCAUAUACUAAAUAGAUAUGCAUACUUAUAAAAAAACAUUUAGCUAGGGCCACCAAAAUAACUCAAUUCCAUUUAAAAAAAAAAAAAAAUAACCCUUAUUUUGAAACCUUUUAAAAAUAAAUAUGUUUGAUUGUGAAAGUGUUCUGUGCAAUGUCUGAUUUUGCGUUUUAAAUAAUGUUCUUGUUUUAUACUUUGUUUCUCAUAUUUUAGUAUAAGAGAUAAGCUGAGAAAAGUGACACUAGACAAAGAACAUCUGGAAUGUCAGCUGAAAAAUGAGAAGGAUGAAAAAGAACUAUACAAGGUAAACAUUUGAAGAUCUUUACAUUUCUUCAGUUGUGGAGCAUAUUAAUGUUUUUAAAGGGACACACUAAGUUGGAUUUUUUUUGUUUUACUAUAAUGCAUUAACAAAUGAUGCAAGUGUGGAUCCCUAUGCUCUAGUGACAUAUGCAACAAUUAGAACAUAACUGUCUUCAAUGGGAGACGCAUGCUGUAGUUCAGUGCUUCUUCAUUAUAGGGACACUAUAGGCAUCAAAACAACUUUAGCUUAAAGGGACACUAUUAGCACCCAGUCCACUUCAUCUCAUUAAAGUGGUCUGGGUGCAGUGCCCCUGUUCCUCUUAGACCUGAAAUGUAAAACAUUGCACUUUUAGAGAAACUAAAUGUUUACAUUGCAGUACUAACUGCCUUUAGUGACUGUCACCAGACAGCCACUUGGGGCCCUUCCUGUAGUCUUAUGGAGUUUGACUCUGUGAAACAAUGCUGGAUGUCCUCACGCUUUGCAUGAGGACAUUGAGCAUCAAGCAAAACCCCGUAGGAGAGCAUUUAGUCAGUGCUUUCCUAUAGGGAAUGGUAAAUGUGUGUGAAGCUCUCACCGCACAUUAGGUCCCACCAUUGACUGACCUUGGUGAAGGAAGAGUGCAACCCAGUACAGAGGGACAUUGGAGCUUGAACCAGUUAAGUUGCUAAAAGUUUUUUGUUUUGUUUUAAAAACCAUUUUAGGGGGCAGGGAGUUACAUCUUUGUAUUCCUAACACUGUGUUCUUUUAAUAAAGCAGUUUGGGGGUAUACAUGCCUCUGCACUGCCUUUUAGGAGUUAAAUCCCAUUUGUUUGUUAUGCAUCCCUAGCCACACCUACCCUGGCUGUGACUGCAUGAUAAAAUUAAAUUUUUAAUCAGAUGUUUACUUUUAGAAGUUUUUGUCUCCUCUGCAAAUUUACUUAACCACACACAGGAGGCUCCUGCUGGCUCUAGAACGGUAUUGACAGACCAGGAGAAAAUACAUGGUAAAUUAAAGAGACUGUGCAAUAAAAGAAGUAUAAACAUUAGAUCUCUCUUUACAGGAAUUUUUUAGGAAGGCUGUGUAAGUCACAUGCAGAGAAGGUGUGACUAGGGCAGUUUAAACAAAGUGAUUUCACUCCUAAAUAGCAGAGAAUUCAGCAGUGAGACUGCAUGGGCAUGAUCUAUACAACAAAACUGCUCAAUUAAGAUAAAGUUGUUUUGGUGCCUCUAGUGUUUUGGUGCCUAUAGUUUCACUUUAAAGUGAUUAAGAGCUGAUCAGCUCAGCCGUACUGUGGUUCAUUGUCUUAUAGGAAAACUCUCAUCAAUAUUUAUUAUCAUUGCAAAUAAACAACUAAGUGUAUUAGUAUCUGAAUGUGUAUCCCUUGCUUUUUUGGGUGGUCAUCUUUAAGUUCCCUUUGGUUGUAAGCACUACUUAUCUGCUAAAGCCAUGAACAAUAUGAAUGGCUGAACCUAGUUCAAAGCACAUUUUAGAGAUGCCCAUCACUUGCACAUGACAUGUGAAUACACUUCUUGAUUAACUGCAUGAUCUUUGGUUAGAAAAGCAGUACUUUAUUUUAAAUAAUAAAAAUUCAUGACAGUAUUCCUUUAAUUUUAAGUCCUCUGUGGCUGCACAACUAUCUGUUGUUUCUGUGUUGUUCUAAUAAAGUGACCCUGCGUGCAUAACUUUUACUGCCCACUGACUGAACCAUACAGUUUACUGUAUUCUUAUAGAGCAUGGGGAAAUAAUAUCUAGUCUGAAGUCCCAGAAUUGCAAAAUAUAAAUGAGUUUAUCCACUCCACAUUAAAAUGUUUCUGUUAGAAAAUGAAUCCUGACCUGUGCAAUGUAUGACAAGUGCAAUUUUAUAAGACUUGCCUAUUUGAGAUUCUAGUAGAAGUGUGAAUGUAUUUUAACAGAAUAGAUAUUUAAUUUGACUCUCAACGCCAUACAUAGGAAUCCUAUAAAUAAAAUACAUGUUGACGCCACUCUCCUUGGUACUACAGUGAAUUGUUUAAAGUUCCUAGUCAUCUGUCACAUUUUCUGCAAACACCACACAAGUGACAUGUCUGCUUCUAAAGAGAUGGUGAAAGGGAACAGAGAGAGAGCUACAUUACCUGUAGCUUUCUCUCUCUCUUUGACGCCACCAUCCCGUGCUGAACCUCCAUCUUUCUUUCCUGGCAGAUGAAACCACCAAGACCUGCAUCAUUUGUAUACUCUCACAAGGAACAGUCACAGUAAGAUGCCAUAGUUAUUGUGCAACAUGCCUUUACUACUGCAGCCAUCACAAGUGACAGCUGUGAUAUGGCAAUGAAGCCAACUUGCUAGAAAUCUGCAUUUUGCUAUGUUUUGCUAAAAUUCUGAACAUAAAUGAGAGAGUAUUCUAUGCUUUGUCUUAUGUAUAUUUUGUGUUGAACUUUCAGUGAAAUUCCAACCCAAGCUAUGAGUUCUACAUAAAGGCAGACUGGUUUAAAGAAACCUGCCACUGAAAAUUCUGUUGCUUUUUUUUUAAAACAAUUUGCUUCACAUACCCCAAAAGAAAAAAAUGAAUUUAAAAAAAAUUUUUUUUUAGGGGUAUAUGAAAAAAAAAACAAACAAACAAAAAAAAGCUUGCAAAGCUGCAGACCUGCUGCCUGCAGACUUUGUUUGUUGAUACACCAGUCACUAAGAAGCCUCCGUGCUGGAGCCGUGAUCAUGCGCAUGCAUUUGCUGCUUUCCUGUGCUUCACAAUGAGUUGUAAUACAGCACACUAAGAAGGCCAGAAGGCAGGUGCAUGCUAUCUCAAUAUGCUUGCUGCUUCUGUUAGCUCUGUGGGUGGUGUUUCAGUUUCUAUUGAAAUCAACACUUUUUUAUAAAUUGUCACAAAUAUGACAGACUUCAGGCACCUGAAGCACUAAACUAAAGUCCUUUAUGUGUCUGCAGUAUUAUUUAUUUGUAAUAGAAUUGUAGAUUGAUUUAUCUGAACUUUUUUUUUUUCAUAUCGGAUUUGACAGGUCAGGUUUUUUUUUUUUAGAAUAUUGCUAAUGAUGAAAAGGGCAUAAAAUAAAGUUUUUUGUACAUUCCAUUUAUGGAACAUGUAUGUCUUCUCAGUUGGCCUCUUUUUCAUAGUUUGUUUUAAACCUCAUUCCGCAGUUAGCAGAGGGUAGGAGGAAGGGUCUCUGACCAGGGACGGACUGACAGUGGCCUGGGCCCUCUGGCAAAAUUAGGACCCGGGCCCCCUGCAGACCUAUAUAUAUAUGCUGGUGUAGAUGUACCAUGUAUUUGAUUGUAUGUGUAUGUAAAUUGAAUGUAUGUUUCUGUGUGUAUCUUUACUGUGAACCCUAGAGUAAGUGCCUGGUGUAUAUAUGUCUGUGUAGUGUCAGGAUAUGUGGAUUCAGAGUAUAUUUAAAUACAUGUUUUUUUAAAAAUAGGGUAGUUUUUAUAUAUGUGUUUGUUUAGCAUGGCAGUAUGAAUAAGUGUGUGUGUGUGUGAAUUGUGGCAGUGUGUUUGUAUGAGGUAUGCAAGCCACCAAAUAUUGCGUCUUGAAUUGCAAACCAGGUGUUACAAACUACAAGCCGGGGGCGGAGCCUGGGUGUGGAACUGUUCAGACGCGUGCAGCAUGAGCUCCCGUCUAAAUCCUUAAUUCAGUCGAAAUUAACCCAACUCUUAAGCAACCAAAUCCCCCAAAAUUGCACCACCCACGUUGGGGAUGCAAGGGAGAUUGCACCGACCCUACUCACAAAACGCUGAGCUAACGGGAACGUGGGCUGCAUCACCGGGGCCUACUGCAGCGACAACCAGCCUGUUUUGCGACCUAAUUGGAGGCGAGGGCGCGGGUGAGGCGGCCGAUCACCCAGCCUGGAGCACCAGGGAGGCAGACUCUAUCACUGCGGAGGACCACCCACGAGCCUUCCUCUCCCCCCCACCCCCCUGCCGGUGAGGGAUAUCCCGGCUCCAGCAACUAACCGCUGGCAAGCUGAAGCACCGCAUAACCCAGCCAUUCCGAGGCAGACGCCCAGCUCCACCACUGAACUUAAGAUGGCAGCGGAAGCACCUACGAAGGCGACACGAGGCCCGCAAGCAACACUAGAAGAACGGCUAGAUACAUUGUUCAACAAUUUCUGGCGGAUGCUACAGGACAGAGGGGCACAGUCUCACAGGGAGCAGGGGAGAGAGAAUACACCUCCUUACCCUCAUGUCCCACCGGCAGACAAGCGGCGAUGCAAGCCCAGGGUCCCCGGCACCGUGCAACAGGGGUGGCGGUCGACCAACUCACCAGGCACCCGCCCACGCCCUAAAUGGCCCAAAGCCCACUCCAAGCACCCAAGGCAGAAGAUCCGGAGGGGAAAGACCCUGAGACACGGUCCACGAACUCAGCUGCAGAAACCCCCUCCAAAGGCUGAGCACACUAUCUCUCAAGCUCCCGCUCGCGGAUGCGAGACCGACCGGAGCAGUGAAAAUUUAUGCACUCCGGAAAGACCCGGUGGGACGAGCAACUGAGACCUUUAACCCCUGCAGCGCCGGCAGUCACAGCGACUGGCAUGCUCCCCACACGGCUCAGAAGCCAUACGAAACCACAGAGGGCCCCAGGAUAUCAGAUGGGAACACCACUCACCUACCUCACCAGAACAGGCCCCUACUACGACGGGCGGACGUGCCAGCCGCAGGAAUCAGCGACGCUGCACCUUGCUGUGCCCCAGCGGGACUCUCACGCACCUCCAAUAUCUUUCCCUGUGCUAGGUAUAGGCUAAAAGUGGAUCCACACGGCAAGAACCACAGAGGUACACACGUGUAGCCUCUACUACAAUAGACGCUAGAUAUGCCAUAUUGCAGCCUCCUAAACAGAGACUCAUUACCAACGCAGAAUUGUAAAGAAAUGUUCACUGUUUGACCACUCUUAUCUAGCUAGCAAUCUCACAAUACGCCUUACAUACCUGUAUAAUGCUGUACUGCACACACCAUUCAUGCUAUCACAUAGCCUGUCAGUUAACCAUUUAUUGAAGCUGAGCUCGGCUGCCUGGCACUCAUGUAUAACUCGUCUUCUUUACACACGCAAUUUACAAGCAUGCAUCAUACCUAUGCCUUCACAUAGAAGCACAUGUUUAACGGCAAAGAUUACACUCUGUGUUCCAGUUAUUCUUAAUGAAUCUCACAAUUGCCGACAUAACUAAUCUACUCGCAACGAAUUUAAUCACGCAUACAACCUGUCUUAUAAUUUAAAAAAUGUCCAACUGUUUAUCGCCAUGACAUUGUAUACAUUAUCUUGCCUGUGUCUGCUGUCGUGGCACCACAGGAUUGUUUGUAAUCUUUACUGCACCAAAAAUAAAGAAUUGAAAAAAAAAAAAAAGAAAACUACAAGCCACCUUAAAAGAACACUAUAGUGUCAGUAAUACAAACACUAUAGGUUUAAAAUAGUCGUUUAGGUCCCCGGCCCCCCUUACUCGCCCUGUUAAAAAGGUGAAAUACUUACCUUUUUUUCAGCACCGCCUGGGUCUCCUCAUAGCUGACCCCUCCCCACUCUGCCUCCUUGGCUGAGAUCAUAAAAUUAGAUGAUCUCAGCCAAUCCUAUGCUUUGCUAUAAGAAAGCACUGGAAGGCUAUUGCACAUGCGUGGCAAAAUGACAUCCUGCAUUGAAUCAAUGAUGAGGAGCGUUCACAAUGGGCAGCACUGACCCCCACCCGAGUCUUACUUUUGGCCAGGGAAGAGGGAAUUCUUAUCUUUGGAGUGGAUGCUGCACAUGCUGCUUGUAACACAGAUCAGGUCAGCUCCGCCUGCAUGAUGUUACUUCCUGCAGAGCCAGCCACACGGAGCUGCCCUGAUCAGUGUUACAGGCAGCUAGCUCCGUGUGGCUGUGCUGAUCUGCUGGCAGAGGCUCUGCUCCUGGAGCCUCUGCCAAUUUCCUUCAGCCACACAGACAGGCACACUGAGGGGCAACCUAGUGGAGGCUUUUGGGAAUGCCCUUUAGCUGUCCCUCAGUGUGCCCAGCAAAGGAGAGCAGAUUUUUAGCAGCAGUGGCCUGCACUUACUGAGUGCAGGCUAGCUGGGGAGAUUAACUCCCCAGCUCAGCCAUUACUGCACUGCAGCAGGGGCGGGCCCCCCAGAGCAUCUGGCCCUCGGUCCAUGACCGAUUUGCCCGAGUGCUCAGUCCACCCCUGCCUCUGACUGUUUGAUGUGUUGGGGCUAGAAAGCCAGAAUUUAACAGCUAUGUAUACAAUUUAAUUACAUAAUUAAUCCCUCAAGGACCAAAUAUAGUAUUUAGCAGUCAGGCCCUUAAAGACCCAGUGCCGGCAUGGAAUGUCCAGCUUGUUUGGUACAGCCGUGCAGUUGUUAAUUUAGUAAGACAUCCCACUUUGCUAUAGUCUGCUUAAAGACCGGACUGUUAUGAUGACAUUAACGGCCAUGUGUCAUUAAGGGGUUAAGAUAAUGAUUGUUCACCAUAUAGUCAGUCUAAUGCUUAGACUUUAGUUUUUCUAGCUGUAAAGAAUAAAUCCACAGACUGUUCAGAGUGAUGAACACACAGUGAUUUUCUACUAUAGAGACUUAUAAAACAAUUGGUCAUGACCUAAAAUUAAAGGGUGAAAGGUUUAUAUUAACAAUAGAAACAAGGCUCUUCACAUAGAGCUUGGAUAACAUAUGGAAGCAUUUAACUAUAGAGACUGUGUGCUGUGGAUGAUGUCAGCUUGCUUUUAUGUUUUUGUUUGUUUUAAAUGGCGUAGUGUACUCUGAACCAAAAAAAUGGAAAAGGAAAUCAAAUUCUGCCAGACACUUGACUAAUGAAUCAAUUUUAUUCGUUUAAAUCUGCAAUUCCACACAUCAUGAACAUGUUGCGUUCAAGUUUCAGGAGACUUUACAGGCAUCUCACCUUGGGGUUUUUUGCUGAAAAAAAUGCACAAAAUGUGAAGAACUCUGCAGUGUUACUAUUUAUAACAGAGGUGAAUAGAAUGCCAAUAUUUAUAAUAAUCACCUCUGACGAAGGCUAAUUGCCGAAACGCGUCAGGUGCUGUGGACUUCAACUUUAUGGGACUUCUUUUACAAUAUUCCUGUUUUUAUUUGUUUCCUGUAUUUUGGAAAAUAACGUUUGUAACCCCCUGAUUCUGCGUCCUGGAGGUACCUUAUACAGGAUACUAAGGUGGAGUGCCCAGCUGAAGUCUACUUUGUUCAAGGCAUGCAGUUUGAGCCAUCUUAUUAAGUGGCUCUCUUUAUGUGAGUGGGACCAACACAUAGAUUGUAAUAUUUGAGUUUAAACUUUAUUACCAUAUGUCUUUCUUCUUUGUUUAAUUUCAGAGAAUUAUAUGACUGUCAAUUUAGGUAAUAUUUAUCUAUCUUUUUGUGUCCUCUCACUAUUGUUUAUUUUCUUGUUUAUUGCUAUCUUUUUAGUGGUUAUUGUGGCCCACCUAGGUGAUUGAAUCACCACUAUUUUUUUUUUUUCAGGUGUUUUAUUACACGUUGUCAUACACACAUAUUUGCUUAAAGUAAAUAAAAAUAAGUCAAAGUAAAAUAAAACUUCAAUCACAUGCUUAGAUCCCCCAUGGCAUGUAUAGAACUUCCAUUUUACAGAAAGCCCAUGUUACCCAUUUACAAAUCCAAUCACACUUAAACUCUGUUAUACUGUUUCCGCAACAUCGAGUGAAUGCAAAAUAGCACACCUUAUUUUUACUUUUCGUAUUUCCUGCGCACACAUACGUAGAUAUCAUUAUCAAUGUUCUUCUAUUUUAAACAUAACUUUUAAAUAAAAGCAUAGUGAAAUCAGACACCUGUUAUUGGGUCUUGUCCGUGUGACACUGUCCUGUAUACAUUAAUCUAGAGGGAGCAGGGCUGUGAAAUAGCUAUAUUUUUUUAACUCUUGCAUUCCGGUAGUGUGUGGCAACACCAUUCUGGAAUAUAGAACAGUUAUUUUAAACAAACCUGACUUCAGUUAUAUUUCAUAAAUUGCUAAAAUUACUGGAGACCUUUCUGUCCCGCUUCACUCUUUUAGAACUGUUUACUUCUUACCUGUGGUCCGACACGUGCCACUCCUCAUCUCUACUACAUCUAAUGGAGAGAUGGAAAUUCCUAAUGCAGGGCCAGCUCAUUGGCUGAGAGCGUUCGCUAAUCCCUCUCAGCCAGUGAGUUAAGCCCUUCACCGCAAUGCUUACGCUUCCAUUUAUCCAUAUGAAGUAAUGCAGAAGGUGAGCAUUGCACUGCGGUCCUCACGUAAAAAGUCAUAGCGUUCUAAAACUAUUUGACUCUUUACAAUGAGGGGGUGUUACCAGGUACAGUAAGUGCUAAAGCUUGCAGUAGUGGUUAUGGUACUUGGAGUAUUCAUUUAAAGAAAGAAAGAGCACUCAUGAACUACAAAGCACAAUUUCAGCUUGCAUUGGUAAGGUAGACCGACUAAAAUUUCAGUUCUUAUAUGUUAACUGUGUCAGUGAAAUUUCCAAAUAGGAACUGAAAUUGAAAACUGCGGUGUUGACAAAUAAUUCAUUACUUGAAGUCCCGUCUCUAAUACAACUGUACAAUAUUUACACACACUGGAAAAUUAAAAACUGUAAAAGAACACUAUUGUCACCCAGACCACUUCAUCUCAGUGAAAUGGACAGGGUGCUGUGCUCCAUUUUUUUUUUUUAAAAUCCUGGAAUGUAAAGCAAUUCUUAUUUUCGGAACCAUAGUUUCCCUUCAAAGAGCACCAUCAUUUCCCAGAAUUUGUAAUAUUAUGCCUAUCUCCUAUAUUUAAAAGGAUACUGUAGUGCCAGGAAUACAAAAAUAGAAUAAAUAAUAAUGAGACCAAAAAUAAAGUAUAUACAAGUGAUAGUGCACGAACGUGCAUCACAAAAGGCACCGAAACGCGCGUUGGGCAUUCUGUUCAUUUAGGCUAUGGGCACUGGGCACUUGUGGAUUUAGCAUUUUUUAUUUUAAUAUGAUUUGUAUUACCUUUUGAUUUUCACUUUGUUAUUCUCUACUGCUAUUCCUGUCUAGUCAGUUUAACAGGGGGUGAGGCUUUUAUAAUUUGUAUUGUCAGUUUAUUUUAAACUGACCCUUUGAUUCUAUACUGCCCACUCUCUAUAUCUUUCUACUGCCAAUAUCUCUCCUCUACAGCUGGGUUUAUACUCUCUACCUAUCUAUGCCAAUUCAGGUUAGACAGUUGGGAUUAUGAUUAGGGUACUAAUCAAUUUGAAGCACAGAGCCUGGGCUAAACUAUUUAGGGUACAGUUUUACUGAGAGUAGUUUUGGAGACAUACCAGGGUUAGGGGACAAUAUUGGGAUUUACCCUUUCCAUUUCUAGCCAUUUUUUCUAAUAAAGCUUUAUUUUAGGAUUGAGCAUCAUACAUACAUAUAUAUAUAUAUAUAUAUAUAUAUAUAUAUAUAUAUAUAUACAUACCCCUACCCUGUCCUUCAUCUCUUGAUGCAUAGUAGUAUUUUUAUCACUUGUAUAUACUUUAUAUUUGGUCUCAUUAUUAUUUAUUCUAUGUUUGUUUACUAGCCAGCAUACCAUUAUUAUUAUUAUCCCUACAUUACUAUGUUUAAAUCCAGGAGAUGCCUUAUUCGCACUGAGUACAACAGCAUCGGUUCUCUUUGUCUUUUGUAUACUCUAGGAACUGGGGUUAAGCUCCUUGAGACCCCUGGAGUCUCUUUGCGGUACCUAAGAGUUCAGGUUGCACCAGGCACUACCACCCUUAGGGUUUAGCGCAUGGGAGUGUACCCUUUGUCUUAUCGUCUCUGUCCUUCUUCCCAGGAAUACAAAGCUGUAUUCCUGGCACUAUCGCACCCCCUGGCACACCCCUGCCUCUCGUCCCCUCUGACGUUCUGCGACGAACAGACGCUAAUUCGCAUGCGCGGCAAUUGCUUUAGACCUCCCCCUUGGGAAAGCAUUGAAUCAAUGCUUUCCUAUGGGGAAAAAUCUGACGCAUAGCAUGAGGACGUCCAGUGUCAGGUACCAAAGGUCUGUAUUGAUCCAGGAAGCCCCUAUAGUGGCUGUCUGGUAGACAACCUCUGAAGGCAGACUUAGAGCAAAAGUGCAAAAGGGACAGUGCACCCAGACAACUUCAAGUAGCUAAAGUGGUCUGAGUGCCUUUUGUGUCCCUUUAACAUGUGUAUGACGUCUGCAAUAAAAUUAAAUGUACAAAUCAACAUUGUCAAAUUUACUUCUGUCCUGGAUACACAGUGCUUCUAUCUUAAGCUUGUUUUGAUAGGCUUUUUAAAUUAUUUUUUAAAAUAUUAAUAUAUAUAUAAAAAAUCCUAUAUUAAAAAUAAAAUGAAUAUAUAUAUAUAUAUAUAUAUAUAUAUAUACAUAUAUAUAUGAAAAUAUUAAAAUAUAUAUUUUUCUAAAUAUUAAAUCCUGAAAAGCUUUUUCAAAAAAUAUUAAAUUAAGGCAUUAGUUCCUUGUCAGUCUCUGUUGUAUGUAUAAAUUCUCCCCUUGUACAAUGUUUCUUUUUCCCCGCUUCCAGUGCGUGUAUGUGUGCGAGCGUGUGUGUCAUAGGACUUCAUACAGAUGCAUUAUUUAUUACCUUUAACAGUACUGCCAAACCAUACGAAGCAUCUUAGGAAUCCGGUGACUGAUUGGUUGAAUAAUGUAAUGUCAAAUCCAUCUGUUACCCUUUAAUAUCAUUUCAAAUUGUUUUGUUCACAGGUUCACUUGAAGAAUACCGAGAUAGAAAACACCAAGCUACUUACAGAAGUACAGACAUUAAAGAACUUAGACACAAGCAAAGAUAACUUAAUUUCACACUACAAGGAAGAGCUUGGCAAGAUGAAGCUCUGUCUGGCGGAGAAGGAAAAGCUUCAAACAGAGCUUCUGCAGCAUUCUGCAGACAAAGUAAAAUACCCUUUGUUUUUUUAUUGUAAAGCAUUAGUAAUGUUCAUAAUAUUUAUGAAACUAACCAUUGGAAGAUGUUAACCGAAUUCCAUUUCUACAAAUAUUGUAAUAGCCAGAUUCUUUUAACAGGGAAAAGCUCAGCAAGGACUCCAUCAAACAAUAUUCACUCACCAAUGUCUAGUGAUGAGUGGACAUUUUGAACCUUGGUGCCACCUUUAAAUGGGUCAAAUGUCAUCCUGGUCCCAAGUGCUACUAAACUUGAUCUGUAGUUUUCCAAAGCCUCAUGACCUUAACAGUAGUACAGUCUAUUUCUGAGGCAUAAUUUUUGGGGCAUAAUAACAUUUUACGAAGUUAUGUAAUUAUUCUUUCUCAGAUAUUACAUUAUAACAUCAGACAUAAAAUACGGAGGCCAAUUCAGUUGUCCUUAUGUCGCAAUCCCAUGUUCAAAAUCCCCACUAAAAGACUCUAUGUAAGCCACCAGGUGAAGUGCUUUUAGCACCCGUCAUAUUAAUUAUUACAAAUCUAUAAAUCAAUGAGUAACAUUUAAACAAGUAAUAAAAGAGUAAAGUUUGGCUUUCAUUGACCAGCAAAAUUGUUUAUUGUUGAUCUGUUCAACAUAUGAAAUGCCAUGCUAAAGGUGCUUUGUAUAUGUGACUUGCAUGGUGUUUUCAGUGUGGAUUUAGUUGGUAAAGGCCCAUGUGACAUUGACAUUGCAAGUUUUGUUUUUUGCAUAUUUAAUAUUUGUAUAAGAACUAUUUAUAUCUGUGUGUCCCUUUCAGUUUCUGCAAAAGUUGAUGUCAGUAUUCCUUGAAAGAGUCAAAAGAGAGAAAAAUAUGAUUUUACCCCAUUUUUGGUUAGCCUCACAUUUGUCUGCCUAUCUGAAUUCAACUGCUCCUUAAAGAUUUGCUUAUUGUUGUCCCUCCUAGUCUUGUCUCCAUAACCUUAUCUGUUAACUGCUUUAUUAAGCUAAAGUUGUUUAGGUGACUAUAGUGUUACUUUAAUACAACCCCAGUAUCUCAUUGACCUUACGUCCCUGUAUUUCCUUCUGUCUGUUCAGUUAUGUGUCCCAGAACUGAUCUGUAUUUAUACACAGGCAUCAUACAACCGUGUUCUAAUUCUCUAUGCAGCUUUCUAAACGAAAGAAUAGGUAGAAGAAGUGAUAAAACUACCACAGCAUUACUUUUAAAUAACCUUAUCCAAUUGUAUUUUAUUAACGUACAAGUGUAGAUUUAUUUAUUAAUGUUUUGCUUUUUAAUUUUCUUUAGGAUAAUGUAUUUAUUUUAAAGCAACAGCUACGCAAGUUGGAGGAUGACCACCAGUCUAGCAGGCAAUCAGCUUCCUUAAUGUCUAAGGAACUAAGCGAUGCGGUGAAUAUUCGUGAUAGAACCAUGGCUGACCUGCAUACUGCUCGCCUUGAGACAGAGUGUGUGAAGAAACAGCUGGCAGACAUUUUGUCUCAAGUCAGUGCGCGAGACGUGCAACUUCCAAAAUCCACCGUAACCCCUGCGAUAAAGGUUCAAAUGAAAAUGGUAAACUCAUCUUCACUUGAUACAUUUUCAUUGGGAAUUAAUCCAGAACUUCAUAAUCUGUAACAUGUCUGCUAAGGUUUGGUUCAUACAGAAGCAAACAUUGAGUUUACACAGUGUGAACACAUUAAACCUGGAACACUAACAGAACACACUGAGGCAUUAAACUAGGAAUUGAAAAGAAUUUACAUAGAAACUGUGCAUUUGUAAGACAAAAUACCCAAACUAAAAUAUUUUCCAAGUCAACUAACUUGGCCUAAAGUUUGCAGUGCUCUGUGUCUAGUCCCCAUAGUGACAGGCUUUUACAAAAAUUAAACGCUGUAUGAGAAUCAUUGCAAUUGCCGCACGUGUUCCCUGUGUCCAUGCAAUGGAUUAAUAAGGAGAUCAACAGUAACGAUGACUUCCCAGGAGCUGAGCGGAGCUGCAGUGAAGGUCCCUCAUGCAGUCAGAAUUUGCAUAUAUUUUAUUCUUUAAUUUAACUUAACAGGUGUUUUUUGUUUAAAGAUCAACUAACAUUGACCUGAUUGAAUGAAUAAUUUGAAUUUAGUGUUUGGUUCUGUAUCUUUCAAGCCUGUAUAUCCUACAGGAGAUGGCUGAAAUAAUCAGCAGGUUGCUAAACUAAAUGUAUCCAUGACUAAUUAAAAGGUCGGUUUUGAUUCUCUGGAAUUCAAAGGACAAGAAUGCAUCAAUUCCUGUAUAAAGUACUUUUGUUAUGUUUGCUCUUAUUAGGAUGCAGAAAAUGCUAUUGUGGAGCAAGAACUGCGGAAGGAGGUGGAGGACCUAAAGCGAAGGCUGCAAAUGAGAGAAGAAAAUUAUAAAGAGAAAUUCAAAGAAUGCCAGAAACUACAGAAACAAGUAGUAAAACUGACAGAACAGCUGGUAUGUAUUCUCCAGCAUGUAUUUGAUAAUAACCUAGACUCAAUGUUUUUAAAUGUGCAAAAAUUCGUCCACUCUGUGAAACAGCCUGGUUAAUGAAAUGACAGACACCUUCUUUUAGCUCACAGGUGAGCAAAGGUAGAUCCCCAGUCGCUGAAUCUGUACAUCGUCCAUGAUGCUGUGCCAGUUUUAAAGCUAAACAUAGCUGCAUUAAUCUUAUUGGUUUGUUCCAGGUGCUGCUACUGCUUGAAAGCUCAUUAGCUCUGUAGGAUUCACUGCCUCUGGAUCUGAUUGGGUGUCACACCAUUGGAGUCAUAGUUUUGUACUUUCUAAUACAUUGAUUAUAUCUGUUUCUUUGACAUAUUUUCCACAUGCUCCAUUUUGCUCUAUCAGAGGUCAGCUGACUUUUCAGAUAGCCAAGAUGUAGCCCCCAAACCGUAGUACAACUAUAGUUUACGUUAUGCUUUACCCACCGUAACAACUGGGGGGGUUGGUUUUAGGCCAUCACACUUUUACCGUAUUCAGACACUCUUAUAUUGAUGUUUACCAUGUACAAUAUGUUCAGUUAUGUAAUGCAUGUUUUGUUUAUUUUGUAAUUUAGAAAACUGCAGAAAGUCAUCAGAAGGAGUUAGAUCUUUAUUUGAAUGUUGACACUACAGCAGAAAUGCAACACUUUACUCCACCAGGUAAGUAUUUUAAAUUAAAUUUAAAAAAAAUGCUAAAUAUGUCUCCAUGAUUUGAAGCUUGAAAAUUAGACUUUAAAGGGACACUCUAAGCAUACAUACAAAUUUAGCUUAAUGGAGUAGUUAGGGGCAUAUAUAACGCUCCUGUGGGCAUAAGCUUCAUACAGCAGUUUCAAGACAUUGCGAUACAAUAUGGCUGAAACACAAUAAUGUUACAAGUAAUGAGUGUACAGUGCCCUUUUUUAAAGUUAUAUAGGUAUGGUUAAGAAAACAUGCAAAAAUCAAACAGCAAAACUAGUCUGGUAGCAGCAGUUAUUAAAUUAGCAUCUUCAGUCUAUAAAGCAUAUGCACGGAGACUGGAUUAAGAUAGACACAUGAAAGUUACUGUUAGUUAUAACCAAGCUUAUACGUUGUAAUAUAGUAAUUUACAAUAGAUAUUGCUGUGUCCCUGCCAGAGAGUAACAAGCUGCCUGAGAUAUAUAGGCUAUGCCUGAGACCAGACUAUUAAAGGUUAAUACCAACCCACCAGCAAGAGCUCACUAAUAUAGUAGUUAUUUCUAUGCGUUAUUAUAUAAUAAAAAAUUAUAAAUGAUCAACUGAAAUUAAGUAAAACAGAGGAGCUGCGGUGCAAUCGGUUUGCAAUAGAGCUUGAUGGGCCAGUGGGCGAGAGAAUGAGAUUAGGCAUAUAAGAAACAGGCCAGUCUAGCAACUGUGAUACUGCUGGUGCUGAACUGGGAUAUGGGUUCACGGCUCCAUUUGGUCUGCAUAAAAUAAUGAGUGUUAAGAGGGUUAGCUGAACAACUAUAUAGAAUGGAACAACAUAAAACAUAACAAUUGCCUCUGGGAUCACAUGCACGGGGAGCGGAUCUAUUUUCUGUUGAGGUCACAGUGUCAUCCUACUCCCACUAUCGGUACGCCUAGUGUGGAGUACGGCAGUCCGUAGGGGGUUGCAGCUUGGCAAUGUCGGGUCAGGGCAUCAUCACUUCUCUGGAUUUGGGCAUAAGUCGGUUGCUUUAUCUUGUGGGCUUGAUCACUGCAAGUCUGGGUCUGUAAAGGCCACAGAUGCUUCUACUGGUACAGAUGGCUUGCAGGUCUCCGGUGGGGCUGUAGCUGGAGUGCGACAUUCUGUUGCCGACCUGGGUUGGAGCGUGGACUCCUGACACCGUGCGUGAUGACACGCAGCUCUGCCCUAUCAAAGCUGAUGGGGUGCAACCCUCCCCCUUCUCGCAGAUGGAAAGGUGUUGAGCCCCUGUUCCAACGGCUUGGGUUUAUGUGCUGGCAGAGGGGCAGGAGCUUGUCUCCCUGAGGCGGUUUGCUAUAUAGUAGAUUUUGUCCUCAAACUUGUCGUAAGCUUGAGGCAGCAGCGAGUCUGUCGCCAAUUGCCUGUCCUGUCGGGCCCAGAAGUCCUUGAAUAUUGCCUCCAGUCUCAGAAAGGGCACACCGUGACCCUGCUUUCUUCAGCGCAGGUUAGUGUCAGGCUCUGUACCAUUAGGGAAGGCCUCCCUGCUAUUUUGACAAGCUUGGGUGUGAGUCCUUUAGUUGCAGGAGCUGUCAGGGUUGGUAUCAGUUUCUGGAUCAGCCCAGCAGGGACCCGGUAACCCCCGCCGGAGUGAAGGUAGCCCGCACUUCAAAUUUAAGAGCGAAGAAGUCGGCCCUCCUUCCCCAGCCCAGUCGUCUUAGGCCUCAGCAAGCUUCCUCUGUCUCCCCGAAGUCGGAAGAUUUCGAGUAAGGUAUUGGUAGGUUCUUCACAGCACUCCCCGUUUAAGCAGUGUGGAAUCAGCCCGAUUUGGGUGCCGUGGUUGAUCAUUAACCCCAAUAAUCGGUGAGCCAAGCUGGAGCUCGCCCGAUACACAUCUGGUCAGCAUGAGGCUUAGGCUCCACCCCUUAAAUAUUUUUGUUAAUGCAGUGCUAACCACACAUCCACUUAUUGUGACUUACACAACUUUCAUAUACACUUACAAUAUUUUAGGUCUUCACUUAUUGCACAGUUUGUUUAAUUUAGUACUCUUUUAAUUGCCUGCUAGAGCCCGCAUUAACCUUUUGUGUGUAAUUAAAGUUCAUUUAACAAAGCAGGAGAAAAUUACUUCUAUAGUAAACACACUGUGUUGUAAAAUCAUAUUGGAAAUUUGAGUCACAUCUGGGCUUGGGCUGCAUAAACAAAAGAGGUUUACCUCCUACAUGACAGAGAAUUGAGCAGUAAGAAUGCAUGAUCUGUUUUUAAAGUGACUCUUUAUGCAGAUUGAAAGGAUUAUAUAUGUAUAUUCAAAUUUUUGAAGCCACACUGUGCCUUAUGGUAACAUAGUAUGGUUAAUUUUGUUAAAAUGGCUGCAGCAUAUACUUUCUAAUAUGUUUCACCAAACCAAAAACCAAACAUGCGGUACACACAGAAUAAACAGAAUAUGCAAAGAUCAGUGCUUUUAUACCAGCAUUGACGGUUUGUGUUUCUUUAAAUUUCUGUCCGAAUUCAAAUGUAAAAAAUCAUACAAGAAUAUAGCGUAAUAUUACAGACAAUACAAUAAUCUUACUCACAUUUCGGCUGAGCUUAUAAAGAAAAGCCCCCAAACUGCAGAACAUUGUACCAUCUACAGUAUACCUGCACAACUUGGCAGUAGGUAGGGGCCAAAAAGAAUAUUGACAAACUUCUUUGAGCCACAGAAAGUUUUUAGUUGAUAGAUAAACCAUAUUAUAAAAAUUACUUUGCUAAGCGGUACAAGUCUGAAUAAAUUUUUCAGGUUUUCUUACAAUUAAUUGGACGUAUUAUACUUCUUGUCAGCAAUCCAUUUCUCUGUCUCUCUUUGGCCCCUUCCCCACCCAUCUGUGUAAUUUUGUGUCCAUCCUCCGUGUAGCAUAGCUGAGCCUUGGACCAUGGUAUAGGAGCGCAUUAAACCUCUUCGCGGUUUGAUAGGAAGCAGUUUAGCACGCUCAGUGAGCACUUCCUGUCAUACCAGGUAAAGGUUAGAGAAGCUUCUCUACCGAGGUUCGCGGCUUGACCACGCUACAAGGAAUGACUGGCUGGAGGGGAACCUUGUGCAGUGCACUCCCCUCCUGCCAGUCAAACGGAUUGUGCGCCCCUCAGCCCGUUGUGACCUAGGAUGGCUGCCUGUGCCGCCUUAUAGUAGCUAUGCCCCUGUCCUUGCAAGCCACGCAAAAUCCUUUAUUGCGCAGAAUGUUGUGCAGGUCUUGUGUACAGGAUGGUACCACCUGUUUCUUUAAAUAGGAUCAACCCUUCUAUCUCCUUCACUUGUAUUGCCUCUUGCAGGUAGAUGGCAACCGGCAUUUGUUUUAAACGCUGUUUAAGAGAUUCAGUGUAUGUUGCUAUCUCACAUUUAUUUCAAGUAAGCUGCUCUGAUUGACACCAACUGUUUUUAUUACUUUUAUCAUUGAAUCCUGAUAAAUUGUGCUUUUAAAAUUUGGAAUUCUGUUUAUAUUCAUUUUGAGGGGGGGGGGGAGGGGCAUAUCUAUGGACACAAAGCUCUAUAUUGUGGAGUGAUAUUUUCACACUCCUGAAAAAUUCUUAACAUCUUUUAUUUUGGAUACUGUAUCUGUAGAUAAUAUGACUAGAUAGUACUUUGUAUUUGUAUUUUGCAUGCUUCUGGCUACCUGCGAGAGGGACUAUAACUGCAUUUUGUUAUGGUGGUUAUAGUGCUUGUGGUGUCUUUUUUAAAUUACAAGGGAGUUGUGCAUUAUGUUAGCUCAAGCUGAUCUAGAAAGUGAAAGUCCUGCCCUCCAGAUUUACAUUUGCAUGUGCAUGUUUAUGCAAGUCUUUAUAUUUGCAAGCAUUCAUAUUUAUGCAGAGUGCGUGUGGUUUAUAUUAUCAAAUCUAUUUUAUUGCUUGUUCACAGUGAGUCCAUUUUUGUCAGAGUCUGUUCCUGAUUUUGUUAUAAAAGAACAAGUCCAUGAAAUGACUAAGGAAAUAACUGAAAAAACUGAAAAAUAUCGGAAGUGUAAACAAAUGCUGACAGUAAGUCACAACUGUUAACACAUUGACAUGCUUUGUUACUAAAACGCUUUAGAAAUGUUGCAUACAUCAGGUUUAUAGAUUUAUAAAUAUAGUUUUUUUGUUGUGUGUAACUGCCAUCACUAAUGGGUCGAGAAUCAGAAUUGGAUUUCAAUUCCAUUAUAUUGCCAUUGGUCCCAUUGGUUGGAACACACAUAUAAUAUCCAUCUCCAGGUAAUGCAUUCCCUGCUUAUCCCAGUGCAAAUGUAACCUUUUCCCACACUUUAGGUGUGCACAGCACAUUGCGUUAGGUUGUGCACCCAAACAAACUAGAGUUUGUAAAUUAGUAAUUCUAUGUUGUGAUGAUUUAAAAUCAGGUUGAGUAUUCAAGUUUGUGUUUAGGCAAGAUAGAAGGUAGGAUAAAUAUAGCAUUUCUUAGUUUAAAGUGGUACUCUCAAUUUUGAGUCUUUCAAAAAGAUACAAUCUCUACGGAAAUACUCUUAAAGACUGAUUUAUGAUAAUGAGCAGGAUUCCAACCAGUGUUAACUGACACAUCAUGCCAUUUCCCAUUAGUCAUGCAAUUGCUGAUGGGAACAGGCAUCUUCUCAUGCAGUGCAUAAGAAUUGCCAAUGGCAUUUCACUUGUACAGUCACAAAUAUCCAAUAUCCCACAGUCUUCUGAAGUCUUAGGGUAAGAGCACAUCAGUGAACUGAGCUUCUGAUAGGUGAAGCCACCAGGAGCUGAAGACUCCAUGGUGACUCCACCAAGGAGCGAGAGGUUUAGGUAGGUAUGUCUGUCUGGUACUUCAACCGCGAGACGCUACAUGCAUUUAGACAUAUCACACUUGGGCUCUCUUAUCCAAAAAUGUAAAGAUCCAAUAAGUGACAGUGCUUCUUAAAAUAAAUAAACACGUUUUCAAUAGAGAGCAGAGAGCUCAGCAAUGUGUAUGGUAGACAUACUGAGUUUGCUCGCUCGGUCUGUCCUGUCUAUUUGCUUACCUACUCUUUGCUAUUGUGAAUCGUUAAAAACAUAAUUGUAACUAUGAAUGUGUUAUUUUACUCGUUUAGGAAGAAAAAGCGAGAUCCAGUGCUUAUGCUGAUGAAGUAGCCAUGGUGGAACUGAAAUGGAAGGAACAGCUUAAAAUAAAUGAGAGCAUCAAGCUACAGUUAGCAGCAAUUGAAGAUCAAUAUAAAGUAUGGAAUUUUUUUUUUUAAUCAAGCUAGCUGUUUGAAAGAGAUGCAGUCAGUGUAUCUGUGUUUUAUUCUUUGCUCUUCGACAGGCAUUUAGAGCAUGGAAGGCCUUUUUUUCUUGUACGAUCUGGAAAAAAUUCUAGAUUAAAUUUUUUAUAUUUUAAUAUUGGCUACUUUUUAAUACCAGGCAGUUACAUUUCAUAUAGUGGACCCUAAAUGUGCAGUGCCAUUACUUUAAUCUUUCAGUAAUGUAAAUAAUAAACGUUUUACUUUUAUGUCCGUAUUGACCUUUUAAAAUUUUUUUAAAGGGUAAAGGCGUUCACACGUAUAUGUACAGGAGAGCAUCUUACAAUAAGUUCUGUGUAAAUCACACGCAUGGUUUUUAGUUGUAAAAGAAGCAAUUUGCACAAUGUAUAGAGGAUUUUUUCUAAAGAACAAAAAACAAAAAACUGACACACACACCAAGAGACAUAACAGACUUUUUUGUUAACUGAAAAUCUUGUUUCUUGUCAUGUUUGUGGCAAGUAAUGUAUAAAUCUUUGUGAACAGACUAGCACAUGGGCUACAGUAAAGGGGAAAAAAAAUAUUUUAUUUAAGAGUUUUGGUGACAUAAGAGCAGAGUUCAAGUGUUUUAAAUCUGAUAACCUUUCCUGGCAUGAAACGGUUUCUUGUUUUUAAGAGAGGUCUGCCCCUAAGAGUUUUUCAUGCUAAACUUGUCGAGCUCUGUUCUGUUUGUAUGUCACUGAUGGACUCACAAGCCAGACAUCUUAAAUCUGCCAGGACAGGAAAUACUCUGAGAACUCAGAUAUGUUCUAACCCCUGACUUCUAUAUCAUAUAUAACAGCAAUGGCUACCUGCAGCUCUGCUGAUGUGUGGAAAAUACAUGACGCUCAACCAGACUAAGGCAGUAUGUAUUUUAUGAAAAACAAUAAAAUGGCAAAUAAUUGGGCUAUUUGCUAAAGUGAGAGUUCAAAGUUAAUUCAGUUUUAAGGCCAAUAGAACUGAAUUCAAAGUCAAAGGCCAGAGUAGGUGAACUGAAAGCAUAGCUGAUUGAGCAAUUUUUUCCAGUUUGACUAUUUUGACCUUAAAUUUUAAAUUCACUUUGAAUUAUCACUUUAGUGAAUAAAUAACCCUGUUGGUAAAUAACCUAUACGUGUAAAACACAAAAGCUAAAAAUAAUUAUCUACGUCAAGCAGCAGACCAAAACCUUGUGACAAUUCUCUGUGUUACAUGUAAUACAAUAGUGACUUACAGAUUAGUAUACAGUAUAUAGUAUACAGCCCUCAAACAAUAGAUAGAUACUUACUGGGUGAGAACAGAUUUAAAUAUUGACUGACUUUUAAGGUGCAAACAGUACAGGGUUCAUUCAUUUGACAAAAAAAGGAUGUGGUUGACUGCGGAAGAUAGAAAUUUCUGUGAAACAAAGUGUUAGGUUAAAUAUAUACAUACACUUAUUGGAUAUCAAUUCAUUCAUUUGACAUAUCAUUGCUUAAAGCCUCUAUUUACCAAUAUUAAUAGGUGUUUUAUCCUGAUGAAAGGACAGCUGUAAUGUAAGCCACUGCCAGGUUAGCACUGAUUACAAUAAAUUAUAUUUUCACUGUAUUGGAUUGCAUAUUAUUCUUUUAUUAAGUUUGCAUAUUCUUGGCACACAUACUCAAAUGUUGAUAAAAUGUUCAUUUAAUGAAAAUAUAUAUAUUUUUAGAUCCAGUCUGCAGAAAAAGAUAAGGAAAUAAUGGCCCUUUCACAUAAUGUUGAAAUUCUCCUUAAUGAGAGAAAAAAACUGGAGAAUGAUAGGAAGGUAAGAUAACUGCACACGAAUAAUGCCUAGCUAAUGAUGCCAUAAAAGAACCUAUGCCUGCUUCCUAACUGCACACCAAUAAUGCCUAGCUAAUGAUGUCAUAAUAUAACAUAUGCUUGCUUCCUAACUGCACACCAAUAAUGCCUAGCUAAUGAUGUCAUAAUAUAACAUAUGCUUGCUUCCUAAUUGCACACUAAUAAUGCCUAGCUAAUGAUGUCAUUAUAGAACCUGUGCCUGCUUCCUAACUGCACACCAAUAAUGCCUAGCUAAUGAUGUCAUUAUAGAACCUGUGCCUGCUUCCUAACUGUACACCAAUAAUGCCUAGCUAAUGAUGUCAUUAUAUAACCUGUGCCUGCUUCCUAACUGCACACCAAUAAUGCCUAGCUAGUGAUGUCAUAAAAUAACCCAUGCUUGCUUCCUAACUGCACACCAAUAAUGCCUAGCUAGUGAUGUCAUUAUAGAACCGAUGCCUGCUUUCUAACUGCACACCAAUAAUGCCUAGCUAGUGAUGUCAUAAAAUAACCCAUGCUUGCUUCCUCACUGCACACCAAUAAUGCCUAGCUAAUGAUGUCAUUAUAGAACCGAUGCCUGCUUUCUAACUGCACACCAAUAAUGCCUAGCUAAUGAUAUUAUUAUAGAACUUAUGCCUGCUUUCUAACUGCACACCAAUAAUGCCUAGCUAGUGAUAUCAUAAUAUAACCUAUGCCUGCAUUCCCUUACUAUGCAAGGUCUUGCACACAAGUGACUUGAGCUUUCACAUUACAUUUUAUAAGAUUUCUUAGACAGCAGCCCACACAUGCAAGAUUGUAAAGGGACACUGUAAGGACUACAGUCAUUUCAUCGAAAUGGAGUUCCUUGCUUCCCAUAUCCUCAACCCCACUGUAGCUAUGGCUAGGGAUGAGAUUACACACUUCCUUGUAGCCCUACUAAUUUGUAACUGCAAUGGCACUGUGAUAAGCUGAUACUCUCAGCCAAUCACAGCCGCCUAUUGUUGCUCAGGCUAAUGCUUCCUCAUUAGCCCAAGCAGCACAGAGUAAAUGGGCAGCUGGGAACUGUUCUUUAGCAUUAAAAGUUAAACCGGGUUUAUUGCUCAAUGGAAGGACUGCGCCUGGGAACUCCAGACACUAUAAUCACUUCAGUGAGAUGAAGCAAUUAUGGUGCCUACAGUAUCCCUUUACAUUUCUUUCUUCCCAUCCAUUCAUGCUUUUUAAAAAACAUUUUUAAUGAUCAUAAUUAUUCUUGACAUCUACCUACAUAUCCCAGUAGGACGUACAGGUAGGAGUACUCACAACGUCCACUAAAAGAAGUUCUGAUGAAUUAAUAGAUUUGUGGCAAACAUGAGACUUGAAGAUGUCUUUUUGCAUGUUUUUUCAAUAAAUUAUCUUAAUAUAGGGGUGGCGAGCAAACUCCAGAAUGGAGGAUCGUAAAAAAGAGGGAGUGACUCUUCUUUUAGCCAUAACUAAUUACUUAAAGGACCACUCUAGGCACCCAGACCACUUCAGCUUAAUCAAGUUGUCUGGGUGCCAGGUCCAGCGGGGGUUAACCCAUUUUUUCAUAAUUAUAGCAGUUUCAGAGAAACUGCUAUAAUUAUGAAUGGGUUAAGCCUUCCCCCUAAUCCUCUAGUGGCUGUCUCAUUGACAGCCACUAGAGGCGCUCGUCCUUCUCACUGUGAUUUUCACAGUGAGAACGCAAGCGUCGAAAAGCAUUAUGCACGCGACUAAUGCGGCUGGCGGCGCAUUCAGCGGGCGGAGAGAGGAGGAGGAGAGCUCUCCGCCCAGCGCUGGAAAAAGGUAAGUUUUUACCCUUUUCCCCUUUCCAGAGCCGGGCGGGAGGGGGACCCUGAGGGUGGGGGCACCCUCAGGGCACUAUAGUGCCAGGAAAACGUGUAUGUUUUCCUGGCACUAUAGUGGUCCUUUAAUAAUCUUAUCUUAAUCAUGCAGUUUACAUUGUUUGAUUGUACUAUAGAAAUCAUCCGCUGUGCAUACUGGAAGAAAAGUAGAAUAGGCUUUCUUAUGCCUUAAUUCAGUUUUUAUCUAGAUAUUUUGUAUCACAUUUUCAGUUUCAGUGUUUGCCAUUUGUGCUGUCAUGUUCCAUAUAAUGGAUCAAUAUAAUAUAAUGGAUGUGCUGGAGUAAUGUUUUGUUCAGAUAUAUAAUGCUAGCACUAACUUACACUAAUAAUUAAGCCUGUGUUGCUAUUCACUUCUUCCAGGAACUAGAGAUAAAUUUGGAGAAACUAUCAGAAAGAGCUGCAAGUGGACAGAAUUUGGCAAGUGGGGGUCAGAGUGGUGGCCAGAGUUUGCAGUUUUAUGAUGCUUACUGUGAUGAACAUAGGGCAGUGCCCAUCAUCCCUGUCCAACAACCUAUUCUGCAGUUUGGGAAUCCUUAUGCAACACAAGCAACAAGAGGUGGGUUCACAGUCCAUUAAAGGUGUUGCACUGCAGUAUAUCAUUCAGGAAUACUGUGGAAAGACAGGAGCAGUGUCAAUAAACCUUUUAAUAAAAAGAACAGAAUUUAUUGAUGUCACACACAUGUUGUGGCCUGCCAUUACAUUAUGAGCUUUAAAAACACAUUUCCAGCAUUGAACAUUUUUUAUAGUGUCAGUGGUGCUGCCAUUGGCAAAUGAGCAGAAUCAUCCAUGGCCGCCAUGAUGCAUGUUCCAUUUACUCACCUACCUCUGUUCCCUACUACCCAGCUCCUAUCUGAUUAGCUCUUCUUUGGAAUCACGGCAGUCCUUUCUAAAGUAAGGUGCAUCUCCCUCAUCACAUUAACACAAAGUUUAUUUGCCGGUGCAUCAGUGUGUAAAGGGGGUAAUAUAUCUGUCACUCAGAUCCAAUAUUAAUUUGUCAAAGUUUAAGGUGCUGGUAGUGUGUCGCUCACUAGGGCAUAAUCAAAGCAGCAACAGUUUGUUUCCGUGCCUACACUAUAGAUGUUGUGAAGGCAAGCAGGAGAACCACAUGGGAAAUAGCUAUCCUGCUCCUCGCCAGUCAAGUAUGCAAGCUGUGCCAUUGUCACUGUGGUUUAUGACUUAAGAAUUGAUUGACAUUUAGGGAAGUUGUUUUUAUUUAUUUUUAAAGUAACACAUUUGCUAGGACAAUUUAUGGAAAUACAUGCUGGGCCUUGUAAAUUGAGCAUAAUUUGUGUGUACUAUGCCAGGUACACUUUAUUUCUAAAGUUUCUGGAAGAGUAUUCAAGAACUACAUUACAGAACACGUUCUUAAAAAUGUCCUUUUUUCCUUGAGGUCAGAUGGAGCUGACGGUGCGUUUAAACCAGAGGAUUUCAAGGCACUACCUGUUGGACCACCAGCAAGGGCCAACACAUGGGGGCUGGAAGACAAGGUUGUAUGUAGCCAGCCUGCUCGCAACCUGAGUCGACCGGAUGGCUUGGAAGAUCCCGACGAUAACAGUGUAAGUCAGAUAACUAUAAUUAUAUAGUCCUAUAAUUGCAGUUAUCUCUAUUGAUCAGAUUAACUUACAAAUGUCUAUCACUUAAUGAUAUAUAUAGUAUUGUAACAGUAAACCACUGAGUUUCUUGUUGCACUUAUUUAAGAGGUCCUAUAUAUCUCACUGCCUGAACUUGUGAUUCAAAAAUCUUUGAUGUGAUGGAAAAAGAGCUAUGAUUUAUGAACUGACUUCAGUGUUCUCUGAAAAGAAAAGUAGAUCAUUUAUAAUGUGGUAUGGUUGUUGGCUUGCUCAUUCUGUUGCUUACUGGGAGAAUCAUAAAUGAAUGCAGCUGGUUCUCAUCUAUUUGUCAGCAUGGGAAUGUAACUGCAUCGUGAGUCUAGGGAAAAGGUUGAAGGACGUGACAUUUUGAUAUCAUUGCUUUUAAUACCCAGUUCAUUAAACAAUUAACUCUGUCUUUGGGUUAAGCCUGUCUUUGUGUUUUCCAAAUACAUGAUUAAACUCUGUUAUUUAUCUUCAUUUAAAAAGACAUUAACAAAGUUGCAUAUAACAUUUAAAUUGGUAAGGAGUCUUCCCAUCACUUCAGAUCAGUGACUCUUAUUAGCUGACUUGAGAAUUGUCACUUUAAAAAAAAAAAAAAAGGAUUUUUAAAGCCCACAUAACCUUUUAGAAAUGCCUAAAUCCUUGAUUUUUGGGGGGGCAAUUAUAUUAGUAAAAUAUUUUCUCUUUGUCACAUGGACAUACGUGGUAAUUGUUCCCUUGUGUGGAACAUGGAACAUCAAGUAUACUUUUUUUUAUUCUUUGCAAGAGUGGCACCCUAAAUUAAAUUGAAAUGUCACUAUGUUUGUUAGAUUUGCACUUCCACAUUUCUUCUGGAGGACUUCUCGGUCUUGGCAAGUCACAGCUGAUGAGGAAUACUUAUCUGUUGAGUAUUGUGAUCUUUGCAGUACUGCAGUAUCAUGACCUGUUUCUCAUUUAGUCUAGUUUGCUGCAUUUAAUUGCUAUUAACCUUUUGCUGAAACAGAUAAGUGCCUAGACAGGCAUGAUGUUAGCCUUUGUGCUCAGCACCCAUAAUAGAGAAAAUUGUACGUCUCCCUCUUUCGUUCAGGUCCUCCGUGUGUCUGAUUGAAGAUAAUUAGGAUGCCUGUCACAAGUUCUGCUGCUUGUCUUAAGGUCUAAACUGUUGGCUCGCUGAUGUUAGCCACCUUUACCUUGUACUUUGCAUAGCUAAUCAUACUGUUCUGGCAGAGACGUUUCAUACGACAGGUGCGUUUCUGCUCCAGUCGUCAGGGGCAUUUUAAUUAGCAGAGUGCUCUUUCCAAGCUGCUGUUUUGCCCUCUAACAAAACCUACAGAAUCUGCUCCGUGGUCUUGUGAUCAUUUGCUGACAAGCUUUGGCUAUGUAGCAAGUUGCGAAGGGCUGCUAUACUCCAUUUUUCUCUUUUCCAUUUAAUAUUUUUACCUUUUUUUUUUUUUUUAUUAUUAUUUAGAAAAAAUUUAUUUUAGCCAUGGGUGUACAGAAUAACUAAAUUCUUAAUAUCAGACCUAUAGAAUAGGGACAUCCUUUGCCUUCAGAAGAUGUGAUCUGCGAGUCCCGAGUUGUCCUCAGUGAGAUUAUACAGAUUGCUUUAAGAUGAAAAGCAGAUAGUUCUUUGAGGCAUUGAAUGGGAUUUGUGUUACAGAGGAGGUCAGACUUGUGUUUUUCCACUGUCAUCUCCCAAGUUGCCCAUAAUAUUAUGGCUUCCUAUGAGGGAUAGACCGUAGUAUGACUGCUUACCCUGGGAGGGCACUAUUGUACUCCUGUCAACAUAACCACUACAGACUGCUGUAGUGGUUAUUGUGCCUGCAUUGUUUCUUUAAAUAAUCUACCGGUGCCCCUCCCAAAAAUAGGUUCUGGAUCCGCCCCUGACCAGGAAACAUUUUUGCAAAACAGGGGCCUAGUAUAUGUCGCAGCGCUGUACAUAUAUAAAACCUAGAAAUUCUUUUGACUUAGAAAAAUAUUAAAAUAUUAACCGUGCCUUAAACCUAAAAAGUUUGGGAACCACUGAUCUAUCCACUAAAACUGCUUUAUUAAGCUAAUGUUGUUUGGUGCCUAUAGUAUAGUGUAUCUUUAUGGGCAGGAUUUAAAGAGCAAAAUGUUGCAAUUCUCAUGACCAAGUGUGGAUAAAUUCGCUGUAGGAGGGGUGUUUUCCUCCACUUUGUGUGUUUAAUAUAUUAUAUUAAAAACGAUGUUCCAGUAUAUGCCUUAACUCAUUCUAAAAGGAAACACACACACACAAAAAUGUAUACUUCCCUCGGUCUUGAUAAUAAUUCUGUAAAAAUAAACAAAGGUAGAUAAUGGUGCAGAUAAAACUACUAGAAAGUAUUGUAGUCAAAUAAAUUAGAUACACUCACAAAUGUAGAACCAUGAAUCCACUUGGCUCUGGUGUAUAGCACUUCAGGAUCCUUAGGGAGAUCCAGAACCCUCUUUUGUAAAGUGCAGGAAGUGCUGAAACUCCAACAAAUCUAAAUACUCCUAGGGUUCUAGUAUAUAUUGUUUUUCUGGAAACAAAUCCACUCUUCAUGCCAAUGGACUUUCUAGUAGUUUUUAUCUGCACUAUUAUCUCACUUUGUUUAUUUUCUCAGAAUUAUUAUCCAGACUGAUUUUUUUAUACAGCUCCAAUCGUUGUGUGUGGGUUAAGAGGAUUAUUCACAGGAAUGUAUAGCUUUUAUACUUUUCCACCAACUGUUGUACAUUCUUCAUAUAUUUGCAUGUCUUUUGAGCCUCUUUCUGAAAUAAUUAAUUGAGGGAUCAAAUGCAAAAACAUAAAUAGUAUUAAUUAAGAGAUCCAUAUUAACAUGAAAGAUAUGUAUUCAUCAAGUUCAUGCGCAGAGUAUGAUACAGUCCAUAGCUGGAAUCAGUGAAGAACACAGAACUGCCAAACAGACAGAUGUCUUUUGGCAAAUGAAUACAAGUUUAAUGUUCCGCUGCUCCUGCUGUGCACAAUGGUCUCUGUACUACUUGUCUGUUCGGCACGACUCAGAUCCACCAAAGGAACAUGCUGUGUAUUAUUGUUUUAUUCCCACAAAGUGUGCAACUUCUUUGUUUCUUUUAAAACACGCAGUGUCUUUAUCCAUUUUUUUUAUUUAAAUUUUUUUACAAUAAAUGUUUGUUUCUGCUAAGAAACAUAUUUUGCUGUAUGGCUCCUGCAAUGCAGUACCACAACAAUGAAAAGCAUGGGUUAUAAGAAUGACAUGAAAUUGGGUAAAAUAAUGUUUUAGUAAUUGUUCCAUAGUUCAUUUGCAAUUAUGGUAGUUCUUUAAGUGUCUGAAAUAGGACCUUCAUUUUGGACUAUUAAUGUUUUUCAAUGAAGUGGUCUAGGUACCAGGUCCCCCUAGUUUUAACCCCGCAGCUGAAAACAUAGCAGUUUCAGAGAAACUGCUAUGUUUACACUGUAAGGUUAAUCCAGUCUACCAGACAGCCACUAGAGGCGCUUCCGCGAUUUACACUGAGUAAAUCACACUUAUUGAAUUUCCCCACGGUGUCCAGCGUCAAAUAAGAUCCCCAUAAGAAAGCACUUAGUAAUGCUUUUCUAUGGGCGGGUUUGAAUGUGCGCGCCCCUCCGACUCCACUCGGGAGCUUACGUUGGUGGGGGAGGACAGGUCACCAGCGUUGAGGUAGCCGGUGCUGGAUUAAGGUAAGUGGCUGAAGGGGUUUAACUCCUACAGUGCCGAGGGAGGGAGGCACUCCAAGAACCUAUAGUGCCAGGAAACAGGCUUGUUUUCCUGGCACUAUAGGAUCCAUUUAAGAAAAUUUUAUUCCUACCUAAGAACCAAGUUGCAGCAACCAUCCCCAAAAGUGGUCAGAUGUAUGUGGUGUCAGGUGUGACCUAAACAUUUUGGGCAAAUCAAGAACGUUCUGUUUAGAACUAUGUUUAUGCGUUUUAUUUGUUUAGUGAUUGUUAUUAUGAUAUUUUUUCUUCACUUUUUUUAGGAUGAUGAUGAUGUCAUUUUCCAUCUGGACCAGGACGAUCCCAGCUUUUCUGGACAAGAGCAAGCUAGUUUCUGCUUUGAUCCAAGGUAGUCUUUAAGGUUUACUAUUUGUGUUCAGACUAAACAUUAAUUCUUGCUGUUUGUAUGUAAUAAUGCAGUAAAGCUCAGAAAUAUAUGACGAUGAUUGAGUGCAAUGGAUAAGUUUUGUAUCCUGGACAGUAACUGACAUUUUGUGCGUUUUUUCAGAUAUGCUAUGCAGAAGAAGUGCCCUCUAUGCUCUUUGGUUUUUCCUCCUAAUUUUGAUCAAGUUCAGUUUGAAGCUCACGUUGAAAGUCACUGGAAGGUGUGCCCUAUGUGUAACGAGCAAUUUCCUCCAGACUGUGACCAACAGAUCUUCGAGAAGCAUGUUCAGACACACUUCGAUGGCAAUGUCUUGAAUUUUGAUUAAACACCUUUGCUUUGUGUUUGAAAAGUGGCGGUGAGAAGUUCACCUUAAAAACUAAAAGUAAAACCUAGCUUAAAGCACCACUUAUAGUGUGAGAAAUGCUCUGCAUUGUAACUUCAGUUCAAAUCUGUUUUGGAUAUUCCUUUCUUUAUAUUUUGUAAUUUAUCAUGCUGAGGACAGAUUUCAUCUUUAUAUAUCCAACAGAAACCUUAGUGUUCCAUGUGUGUCCAAGUCUAAUGCAACGAAUCUCAAUUUCUUGUUGUAUUGGAAUUACACAGAGCUGAACUCACUGUUGUGUUUAUCCUACCAGCGGCAGUUUACAGCAUGCCUUUAAAUCCCACGACCCAGUUUUGUGUUACACUUUAUUUUGGUGAAGGGGAUUGUCUGAAAUAAUGGAAGUUACACACUGCUUUCCUCUUUUUAUUUCGUUCUGGGUGGAAAUAAAACAUUAACUGCUUGUAAAAUGGAAUAAUAUUAUCACUAGCCUUAUAAACAACUUGCAUCUAAAUUCUGUAAAACUGGAAGGCUGGUGAUUAAAUUGAUUCAAAUCCAAUACACUAUACUACUCAUAAGUCUGUAGGCUUAUAAUGAUCUAAAAUAAUUUUAAAAUAUUUAGCAUUUUCUACAUCUUCUAGAGUUAAAGUCGAAUGGCAAAAUGUAUACUUAAAAGUAUAAAUAAAUCCAUCGUACAACAUGGGUACAGCUUUGAAAAAGACCUAAACAUCUAGAAGAAUGAGCACAAUCGGUCUGUGUCCAUUCAUUUCCACUGUAUUGACACAUUCAAAUACAUUUUAUGUACAAAUUUGGGUUUUAUCUGUACAUCUUAUCUAUAUUGUCUCCUGUUAAUAUUUAUGACUUAGUAUUGUGUUCUAAUUUGCUUUCCAGGUUUUCAUUCUGUAUAAUUUUGUUUUCAAUAAAGGAAAAUCCAUAUGUU